GGAAGUUUUCAGAGAGCGGCAGCUGGAUGAAAUUUGCAUCUCGAUUGUAGACGCUUUCCAUCACGCACACACAUUCGCACGCAAACAAUCACGCGCAUCCGCGUACUCAUCCCUUGUACAGGGGGCGUGUGGGUCUGGCAGGGACUCAAACCUUCUGCAUUCGCAUCAGUGGAGCAGCGGAGAGCGGUGGCGCACGAAGAGACGGACGGGGAAAGAAACUUGUUUCAUAUCAAGCAUGACUUUUCUGUUUCGCUGUGGUAUUUUUCACAUGUCCUUGAGAAUUUUUGGGACUUUCUGAGUUUCCCUCUCUCGGUCUGGAUUUGACUUGUGACAACGCUGAAGAAAAGAGACCCGGAGAGAUCAGCGGGAAGGAGACGAGUGAGAACGCGGAGAGAGGAGCGAGUCGACCGGCGACGUCUGUGCGUUUCAGCGUGUGGGGACGGACGAGCGGACGGGACUGCUGCGUGGUUCCCAGUCGGUUAAGAGAAAGGGGGUUUGGGGUGAGGGGACAUAACUUGACUUGAUUUUUGAGGGGGUCUAGCGGAGACCUGCUGUCAUUUUUAACGGAAUCAGGGGAAGUCUCUCGGAUCGUACACUCUGCUCUACGCAUGCUGGGAGAGGCGAGAGCAAGGCUGGAUGUCUGCGGGGGUUACGAGUCCUCAAGACGCAGGUGAAUACAGAUGCUGUUUUUGAUGUAUACACGGAUACAUUUGAGUCGCUUACGGUGGCUGAGAUGAUAACAGAUUUUUAGAAUCACGGUUGAAUUAACUUUAUUCACACACGUGUAAAUGUUGCUGGUAUGAGCGCGUUAGUGGGUUACUAUCCUCUGCGUAUGAAUGGGAAAACAAGAGAACAAGCAUAAACCUAAAAAUAAUGAGGUUGAAGUGCUUUCAUACAUUCUGUUUCAGCCUAAUUUCACUGUGCACGACUGAAGGUGACGGUGGAGGUAAACACAAUCCAGCUCGUUCCUUUUUUAAACAGUGUGACCCACUAAAAGGGCAGCCUGGAGGCGACUUUAAUUUACGCUUUAAUUGAUUUCCCCUAAAUUUUCAGAGUGCCAGUUAAAUGGUGUCACUGUUGUGGGGCAGGCUCUGACAAUCCGCGCAUCUGGAGAGCUGCUGCUGCAUAAAAGAAAUCCUCAAGGAGGAAAAAAAAACACUUAUAUUAUUUAGCUCCAGAGCUCAAAGUGGGCCGAUAAUAGCGGAGAUAUUUGAGCGGAUGGAUGUGUGCUUUGGGACAAAAAGGACACAGUUUGUAGUUUAGUGUGUCAGAUAUACUGUGAUCAGUUCAGACGGAAAAAGUUAAACACUGUUUCUGAUCAUUCAAGCGAAAUGUGGAAAUUCGUGUUUUCAAAAUGUUCAGAUGUUCAAAUUUCCUCUUUGUAUCUGUGAAAAUAUGAAGAAAUGUUUCUGAAAGGAUUCCUGUUUGGUAACUGCAUGCUCCAUAAAUGUCUUGCUCCUUUUGUAGGAGAGUGAGGGAGGGGAAGAAAGCGUAAGUGCGUAAAAGAGAGAGAGAGAGAGGGAGAGAAUCCUGUCACUUAACGGACUGCUGGUGCUGUGUGCCUCAGUGUGCAGCUCCGCUUACAUACAAAGACACUGGGCUUUCCCCGUAUAGGCGGCUAUAAGUAAUCAAGCCAAUAAUCAACCUCUCCAGUUCCCUACUCUGAGCCUAUAGAAUAAGGGUGCUCAGUUUUUGGUGAGAGGUGUUGCCUACUUAUGUCUUUGUGUUCCUGUUUGUAUUAGCGCGUUUAGACGGAUCGGUGAUCGGUCCAGAGCGCACGGCAGCAGCCUUCAAUCCUAACCUGCUCACAUUUCCUUUUAUCCUCUCACAGCCUGUAAGGAUUACCCCAUAACCCAUCAUUUGCUGGAGUAGGAACGCAAAAAGGAGUGAGCCAUUUCUUCAGAAAUCUUGCGCUUUUGGCUUCUUUUGAGAGGAUAUGGCACGGGCGGCAAUGGAGAGAGGAGCGCAGCCGGCACAGGCGAGAGGAAACAGGAGCUGAAUGACAGGAUGCCAGCGACCUGAGCCCGCUCUCAGACUAGCUUCGUUCGAGAGACUCUUCUACUUUACUUGAGAGAAGAAGAAGAAUACUUGUCUCACACUGAAACUGAGGAGUUUAAUUUUGGAGUUUUUUUAUGUGUGUAAUUUUAUUUUCUUUUGGAGAGAAAACAAGGAUGCAUUGUGGAUUGGUCUUCAUCCUGUUCAUGGGAAUCCUUUUGGUGGUCAAGGCUUUUAAAAACGGUAAGUGUGGCAUGUGAUAUCUAUAUAAAUAAGCCUGUAUGUACUCAGUAAAGCUGCUAAUCCCGGUAUUUUUCUAAGAGAUUAAGCUGCUCUGAUCUCCGCUGAUCUUUUGGCAAACUCGCAGGCGCUCACCUGCCCAUCCUGCUCUCAAAAGGAAUAUCCCAGUUACCAAAUAUUUUUUACAUAGAUUAAGACAUUAUUACACCAUACUUACAUUAAAUAUAAAACAGCGGCCCUCUCUCAUCGUAUUCUUCUAUUUUUAUCUGUAUCUAUUAUUAAUUCCUGUCCUAAAUUAUCCUGUUUAACAUUUUAUUACGAUGAGUAGCGUCUUUAUUGCCGUAUGAAACAGUUUUAUUUUUCCAAGUAGAUGAAUUUAAGUGAAUUUUUCCUUAAUCCUUUAACCUUUAAAAUAAGCUCUUUUUUUGAACACAUUAUUUGGUUAUUUAAGCCUUACUAUAGAAGCAUUUCGUUGUUAAGCAGCUUAAAAAGUAAACCCAGAUUUUCGACUCGUAACUUUCUCCUUGUUCGCCUCAAAGUUUUGAGUUCUGGUUUCAGUUCGUCGCUCGUUUUGUUCGGAUUUAAUACAUUUUCAUUAAGGUGCGCGUGUGUGGAGGUUAGAGCAGCAGAUGGUGGAGCUUUUGUGAGAAAAGGAUGAAUAAAUCCUAAAUGAAGAUAAAUAUGGAGAGGGAUAGCGGGCCUGUGGAAAACAAAGUUUGAUUCCUCUGCAGUUCAAACUCCGGAUUUAAGAGGAAGUUUGAAGUGGCAGACUCUACAGGUCUGUGGUCUCUGGCUCCUGUAUCUUAAGCUCCUUCAUUCAGACUCUUUUUUUUUUUUUUAUACAAUCGCUCUUAGAUCUACAUUUUUAUCUUAAUCUAAAUGUGGUUAACUCUUUCUUCAUGUCUGUGAAGACUAAAUAUAUAUAUUGAAAUUAUAAUAAUAUAUGAUAUAAAAUUCUGAAUAUUUCAUGCAGAAACAUUUUAACCUGGUCAAAGUUUGUGAAGAGACUUUAGUGUUUGCUCUCUCAAACUAGCCAAACUGCAAAAUAGACCCUGUCUCUUUUGUACGGAAACCUGUGUCAUUUGGACACUUCAAUUAAUAAGAGAAUGAAAGUGUGUGACUGUCCACUUAAAGUAGACACUCAUGAACUUGUGCAGUCCAACUGUUUUAUCCACAGUAGUUUUUUUGUUCUUUAAGAAGUCGGUCUCUGUCCGCUCUGCAGACAAAUGUGGAGGCAACAUCAGAAUCUCAACGGCCAACUACCUCACCUCGCCGGGAUACCCCAUGUCUUAUCCCUCCUCUCAGAGAUGCACGUGGGUGAUAUCUGCGCCUGGUCCUCACCAGCGGAUCCUCAUCAACUUUAAUCCACAUUUUGAUCUGGAAGACCGAGAGUGCAAGUAAGUUUGCUGCACAUAAGUGAUGAAUGUAUUGUCGAUGAAAAACACAUGUGCUAAAGGGCCAAAAUCCUUCAUUAUUUCUGAACGCAGUGAGUUUGUCUCGGAAGUCCAAAUAUGAUUUGGUUAAACAGAAAAGAAAUGUGAGAAUAAUCUUUGUGCCGUGAGGCCUUCAAUCAGCAGAAAUGGAUAAAAUAACUGUGAGGAAGUCCUCUUAAAGGCUGCCUUUUAACUGCUUUGAGAUCCACUGUGCUAUUCAAGGCUGUGAGACUGUUCAUGCUUACAAACCUGCAGAUGUAUUCAUGGUUGAAAGCCUGCAUGAAUGUGUGUAACUGUGACUAUAAUGGCCUUUGUGUGUGUGUGUGUGUGUGUGUGUGUGUGUGUGUGUGUGUGUGUGUGUGUGUGUGUGUGUGUGUGUGUGUGCGCGCGUGUGUCACCCCCCCUCUCCCUGGUGCAUAUUGCACAUGAAACUGCUCCAUCUAGUGUCUGCAGGCUGACUGAAACUGUGUCAGUGCACUCCUGCUCUCACUGCACUCAGAGCAGCAGGACCCUGUCUUUGGUUUGUGAGUGUCCUCUCUCUCUCCUCUUUGUGGAUGAAGUCAUUGUGGUACUUUAUGGAUCUGAGCCACAUUUUUUUCUGCAGAAAAAAAUACAGGAAAGGUUAGGGUCCCUCAACUCUCAGGAGGGCAUUCAUUUCAGGAAGAAAGCAGACAUUACCAAAAGUUCCAAGAAUUAAGAUUCAAGUGUGAGUUCAUUUGAUUCCGCCAGUUGGAAAUGAUCAGACUCAUCUGUUUACCCUGUGGGAUUGUCAGACAGUGUGGGAUGACUCUUUUAAGAUGGAUCUCAGGUUGACAGAUAGUUACCGAUCUUUGUUUGACUUGUAAGCCAUGAGCUGCCGCCUCCAACAAAAGGCUAAGCGGCUAACCUGUUGUUGGAUAGAUAGUUUAAGCCGAUGAAACCGGAGACAGACAGUAAUGUGAUGAGUGUGUGUCAGUGUGCGUGCCCUGAGGUGAGCCUCGCCUAGGCAGACUGCCUCGCUCUGAUUGCCUGCUGUGAGUGUGUGCGUGUGUGUGUGGUUUUGCGUGUGUCGGGGCCUCAGUGCUGCUCUGUCUCAGUUGUUUGUUUACGCUGCAGGGCUCAGGAGACAACAGAGCUUUGUAGGAUCCUGUUACUGUAUACCACUCCACCCUAAACCUGGACCCUGUGCGUCUUUGUGCCCCUCUGUUUCUGUUUGCAGCAUGUGUGUUUUAAUCCAGGAUUCAGUCCCACUUUAACCUGUCUCUGCUGCUGCUGUCAGAGAUUUAUGGCGGAUGAAUGCUGCUGUCUUUUAAAGGCGGGAUGCUCUUCGACACUUCUUUUGGCUCCGAUUUCAGUACCAGAGGGACUAUUAAACUGUCCGAGAUCUGCAGUUACAAAGAGAGAGCGAGGAGGGCGUGAGGAGGGGCCCACAGUAACAAUGCUUGAGCUAAUCAAAUUAGCCAGGAAUGAAUUUCCUGUUACUAAACACACACAGUCAAAAGAAUUCAGCUGCUCUCAGGCUGGAGGACAGACGUUUUUUCAGGGAGGGUUGACAUCUGAGAUCUAGGGAUGUAGAAUUUAUAAGUUUGUGGCCUCUGAGUUUAUUUAGGUCUUCAUAAAUUUGUUAGCAGAUGAAGUCAUAUUUGCUGGUAUGACUCUGUUCUGAGAGCGUCCAUGUGCAAAUGUGGAGAGGCAAAGCCAGAGGCAGGGAGAGCACACUUCCCCUCUCUUCCAUAACCACAUAUGAAAAGCUAAGGCAGGGAAAAUACCAGUAAAAACUCUGAAGGCACGGAAUAACACAGGCAUGACUAACAUUACAAAUACAUACACAGCCUGUCUUUCGGCCUGUCUGAACUAACACCACAGCUCUGUAAUUUCAGGUUAUUUCCUGUCUUACCUAGCUUGAAAAAGGUGUCAGACUUGUUUAAGAGUCAUUGAUCCUGGCCGACUGAAUCUAUAAAUAUAUAUCUUGAACUUUAUGGUUGUGAUUUAAGUAGAAGUUUGUGGUUCUCCUUGCUGACUCUUAGGUGGUAGAUGCCAGCCAAUCAGCUGACCACGAGGCCGUUUCUUGAAAGAUUUUGUUCCUUUUUUUUAUCAGGAGUAGAUGCAGUAAAUAUUUAAGUAAAUAUAAAGUUACUGAUUAUGAAAACUACACAAAGAAAGCUCAAAUGACAAUGAGAUGAGUUAAAUGUAAUUUGUUCCUUUCCGACCUGAAUUUAUUCAGGUCGAACUGAGGUGCAGAUAUGAGGACAUCUCCGUACAGAGGAAAUGUGGUCGACCUGACCUGCAGCCUUUUUCCUCAUUUUAACUGGGUGUACAGUUUCAUUUUUAAUGGUUUUAAUGGAGUGGGUUUCAUGGUACUUUAGCUCCACUUCACAAUAUAUUCCACCUUCUGCUCCUUUUUUGGCCUCAUCCAGCAAAGCCAUGAAAGUAAAAUCUAGUUUCCGUCUUUGCUCCUUAUUUUCUCUUUUUUUCUCCCAUUACGCCUCUGUGUAGCACGAAGGUGGUUAUUGUGCUAAUCACUGACGAGGCAUGUCAUGGAUAACUGAAUUACAGAAGGGGUGGGGGUAUUUUAUAAUGUAUCUGAGGACAGCAUUUGGGUGUGAUUUGUGUUGCAGCCGUCAGGCUCCCUGUAGCAGCUCCACUCACCAAAUCCGUCCUUUACAUAAUAGAAACUGAUGAGAGCCAGAAUGGCUUCCUUAUCUGAUGGACUGGCAGAGGGGGUGGGGGUGGGGGCUACAACGCAUGCUUCAGUGCACUGCCUUGCAAUCUAAUUAGUGGGUAAAUGGAACACACAUGCACCACAUGUUCCUCUACAUGGCUGUUAUCAGCAAACCAAACAAGAAGCACUCAAAGUGGAGCUCGUAAAAAGAGAAACAGGGUUGGCUGAGAGGAGUCUGGCCGCGGCCGGCCGUGUUGUUGCACGUGUGCGCUACCCUUGACAGGUUUGUUUGGGGAAGUGCAGAGGCCUGUAUCCUGAGAGCUGGGGGAGGAAAACACUUCAUCACAGAGAUAAGGAGACUAAGUGAGCCCUUGCGAUUCUGAAUGCAGAACGUGUUUACCUUUCACGCACCGUUGUAGACUUUCACAGAGCAGAGUUUCAGGGGCCGCCCUCGCCACUCUCACAGCUAAUGAAGUUUGAGGCGGAGGCGCAGCCCGCAUCAAGACAAAUAUUUGGAGUCAAUUCAGCUCUGAAAACUGCUGGAAUGAGAAAGCUAAGCUCUUCAAAAAAAAAAAAUAGAUAUGCUUCUGCUUGUUCUCUGUUUCUCUGCAAUCUGAUAAGGGCUGUCAGGGUCCAAAGAGUGAGGCAGCUUUGUCCUCUGAAGGGAAAAUAAAAGGUUUUAGUGGGUUUGAAUACAAGCAAGUGGCAAACUUCACAGGAGGAGGGGGGAGAGUUAGAGGGAAGAACCUUGAGGUGAGUUUUGAAUGAGAUUUUUAAAGUUGAAGAAGGUCUUCGACGGUCUACAAAAGUCCUGUUUUCCACAGUCUGGCCAGGGUUAUUUGAAGUCUUUCUUUCAGUUUUUAUGGAGUUGCUCAUUCACCUGACAUUUACAUCAGCAGUUCACAUUUGUGCAAAAACCAUGAAUAAAAGGGGAAGAGAAAAGAUGAGGGUGCCACCUUUAAAGAAAUAAAACUUUGAGGUCAGAAAUACAGGGAGCAGUUUGCAGAGGAAAACAUUUUGAGGCAACUUGCAAGACGUGCAAAAAGGCUUGAAAACUUGAGAUGCAUGUCUGAAUGAGCCACAGCUGUGUUUAUUAGUGUCUGUUUUUUUUUUGUGUGUUAAUUUUUCUUUGAUGUGAUUGUAAAACGUGUGCAGACGUGAGGAUCUGAAAUCCCUGUCUGCAGGUUGUUCUCUCCAUCUUUCCCUCUCCUGCUGAGUCAAAGGGAACAACUUUCUGUUGACAUGAUCCACUCCUGACAACAUUAUGAAAUAUUGAUAGCCUCAGAUUUGCUGACCAGACUGAAAAACAGCUCCUCCUUCAGCUGGGCACACUGAAAUCCCUGCAGCCAGUCAGUGUUUGAGUGUUUAUUCUGCCGGAGCUGAAGAGAUGAGUUGAAAACAGAGAGAGGAGACAUCUCCUGUGUCUCAGCUCUCCUCCUUUCUUUGCUUUCUCUCUGUCUGGGUUGUAUUUUUCUGGACUCCACAGAAAUUCCUGUGUGUGCAGCAGAUAGAGGGGGGCUCAGAUGAGAUGUCUAGCAGGGUGGUACUAGGCAGCAGAGAUAUUUGAAGAAUGCUUUCUCAGGCAGGCCUUUGUGUGUGGGAGAUAGAGGGGAGAGCCUCCCGCCUCACCACGCUUCAAAAGUCUGCCCGCCCCCACACCUUCAGGUGCCUGUAACUCAAAGCUUUGGGAAAGGAAAGCUCUCUUUUCCUCUUUUUAAUUGUAACCUGCUACUCUUUCGUCCUGCUGCCCCGUCCACUGGGAUCUCCUGCAGAGCCACCCCAGUGGAGCUGCAGGGCCUGCUGGGAAGGCAAACAUUCACCACUGUGGACCCUCCACAAUAGACAUCCUGCCCCUCCUGGCAUUCCUGAGCAGGCACGGACUCCAGGGAUGACUAACAGCAGCUCAGAAGAGGGAGAGGAGUUUUACCCUUCAUUGGAUCUAUAGUUGGCUCGUUCUUUGUCCACUCACUCCCCUCAUACGUGUCCAACAAAGAGAGACACCUGUUUCCAGGAAGUGAGAGUGCAGCUCAGGAGGGGUUUUAGUGGAAACAUCCAUACUUGUCCUCUCUCCCUGACUCCCCUGUUGCCCUUCCACCUGAAUAGCAUGUGAAACAUGUAGGACAAAGACAUGUACAGCCGGAGUGUAAAGGGCGAUAACUCUUCAUCUGAAAACGGUCGUCCCAUAAUUCCCCUCUCACGCUCCUCUGCGAGGCAGCAUGGGCAAAUAAGGAAAAGAAGGCUGAGUGACCGUUAAUCAGCGGUUGUCAUGGAGGAAAAUAAAUAAGGCAGGAAUGCUUCAGGAACUUUUAGAGGCUUUUAAAGAAGGGAAGUGCCGUGACCUUCAGGGCUCAGAGGAGUGACAGGGAUUGUUGGAGAUACUUACGGCCUGUUAGGAGACAUUUAUUUCUCUGUGGAUGUGUUGCAUCUUUUCAAAGCACAUGUCACUGAAGCAUCUGUGCAGACGGAGUUCAAAGCGACGCAGCAGAAAUAAAAAACAGGCCCAGAGAAAUAAAAACUGAGCAGGGCGUCACUGCUUCCUUUAACAACCCGCUCUGACAAAAGCAGCUGAAAUUAUGCACCUGGUGUUUUCUGCAGCAAAAGACUCCCACAGCACUGAACAAUGGAAAUCAAAUUACAGCUGAAAUUACAUUGCACAAUCACGGCUUGAAAUACUAGCUUGUCAGCAGCAUAUCAAAGAGCAAUCUACUCUGAAUGUAUCUUGUUUGCACUUCACCGCAAUUAUCCCAAACCUUAUUUUGUCAGCAUGAUAAAACUUCCAGAGACAAGCUUUCAGCGGCUUAAAUCUCUAUUUACAACACAUCAGCCCCUGUCUGAGUACAAAGUGAAUCCAGGCAGGUGAGCGGGGGUGUGAGGUGUUCCCCUUCUUAAUUAUCGAAAGGGCUACAGCAGGAAGCUCUUGACCUUCACUCUUCUUCCUCCUCUUCUUCUGCUUUAGUGAUCCAGUGCUAAUAAACAGGAUUAAAGUAGGUCUGUGUAUGUAAAUGUGUGUGUGUGCUUCAGGUACGCUGCUUGUGUGUGUGUGUGUGGAGGUGACUGCGGGUUGAGGGUCUUUUUUUCUUCUGCUGUUGAAGUGUUUCACCUUGGCAGUGGCUUGGAAGGGCAGCCUGAUUGAAAAGCUUUCUGGCCGUGGCAUCUGCCAUCCUCCCCGCUGCUCUGUCACCACUUUGAUUCAUGCACAACCUGACCACAACCGGGAGGCGAGCCACUCUGCCUCACAGCAGGGGGGCGGUCCACUUCACAGCGGAGGAGAAGCAAAAAGGGAGGGAUGAGGAAGAGAGAGAGCGAGGAGACAAAGCCGGAGCUCAUAAAUAACCUGCUGGAUUUCAAACCUCUGUCACAGAUCUGCAGCAGCACAAAAACAUCAUAUGGUCUCACGUGUUGGUCUGUUUUGUUGUUAUCAUGCUGAUGAAGCAAACAACUGCUUCUAGCCAGAAAUUCUGUGUGACUUAGCUGAGUCUGGCUUGCAGCUGCUUAAAUCCCCUAUUUUGAGACUUAUUCAGUUUGUCAACACCAAAUCAAUUUGGGUUCUAUUGAUCAUAAAAUUUAAGUAAAGAAUUACAGUUUUAAUCUUAGUUUUCUGAUGCCAGCUGCAGUGGGAGCUUUGUUAGGCUUUAGGUAAGACUGUGAGCUGGUUUAGGCUAGAGAUAGACUGUCAAUAGACCUCUUAAUUGACCUACACUGGAGAAAAAUCAUCCAAAAACUUCAAAAAAGAGGAAUCUUUCCCAGCACAAUUGUAUCAGAGAAAAUAUAUGGUUUAAAAUGGAAAACAAACUGGUCUGAACUGGUCUGAGCCGACUGUUUUAUCUUUGCAUUGUUCAUCAGUGUAUGAACACAGAUUUCCCUGCAAUUUUUAUUAUACAUUUUUUUACCAUGUACCUAAUGAAAAAUUAGUACAUUAACAUAAACUUAUCCUCUACAUUUUUGUUUACAAAAUCAACCCUGAAAAGUUACAUAGACACGAUGUGAAAAGAUCCCACUAAAAUGAUAAAGCGGAUUAUUGGACACGAGUACAUGCAUCUUCAUGUAUCACAUUAAAAGCGGAGUCUCACAAGGCUCUGUUCUGGGGCCUCAACUUUUUAAUUUGUAUAUUGAUGGCAUCUGUAAAGUCUCAAAGUUAUUGCAGUUUGUGUUACUUUCAGAGGACACCUUAUUGUGUUAGUGCAUAAAUAUAUGAAUAUAUGUAGAUCAACUUAGUAUGAAUAGCAGCUAAAAUAAAAAAACUGUAUUUAGACUGGCAUCUGUGAAAACCCUCAUUUCUAAGACACUUCAUUUAGACGGCUUUCCCACCAAUAGAGAGUUAGACGUAGCUUGGGGUGUUACUUUUUACACAGCGACAGCUUGAUACGAAACAACCCUGAAGAAAUUGUGAACGGUUUCCUCUUAUUCAGUGCAUAGUAUUGUACUCUUCCAUGACUGGAACAGAUGAAAUGAAAUCAGCCCACACUCCCCCACAUGGAUGUGUCUGAUGGAAGAGAGCCAGCACAGCUCAGAGAUGUCAGUCGUGUGCUCUUUUAUUUUUUAUCCAAAGCAGAUUGUCGGAGAAGGAGCCAUAUGGAGAGGCUUGUGAUUAGAAGACAACACUUUAUCGGAGCUUUCUAUCUCCACUUGCAUCUAUUCACUGUACGGAAAUUCAUUCUGGUUUUUCCUUCCAGCUCCAAUGAAUAAGCAUUAAUGCUGAGGCUAUGAUUCAAUUAUGUGUUUCUGUUUCCAAAGGACAGUUGGCAAUAAACACUGUCUCCCCCUCUUGCUGCCUCAUAUAACAAAAUUAGCAACAGGUUUUCAUCUGAUGGUUUUUCUUCCAUCAAACUCCGAUUUCCAGUUUUAUGAUGCUGCAUGGAAACAAUAAGCGAUCUGGAGGGUAAUGAGGGAGGAGUGAUUUGGGUUCAGGAUACGUGGGUGGUAGAGCAGGACUCAGGGUGGAUUACUCUGAAACUGAACCUCUGAACCCUCCCCAGGAGAAAUGAAAGAGAAGAGAGGUUUGGCGGACUGAUGAAGGCCUUCUGGAUGCUCUAAUUCGGCUUGUCCAGGCUUGUCAGACAUGUUUGGUUGAGUGGGCGAACCCUGAAUGGGGCUCAUGAUUUUGAUUGAUGUGGUUGUGCUCUUGCGCUGCCUUUGUGUUGCCCUUACACCCCGGUGCAUACACAGCACCAAGAGGUGUAAGGCGGAGGAGGAGGUAGGGGUUCUUUAUUCAAACAACCAGCAAAUCCCAAGAGGAGCUCAAAGUUUGUUUGCAGGGAGUAGGAGGGUAGGUAGCUAGGCAGUGAAGUGAAGGACCCUCCUGUCUGAGCGUCUGGUCCCUGGGGUCAUUUUCGGUCACUGUGUACGCAGCGGGCUGUCAACUCGCUGGUCUUUCUUCAGCACUUGGCUCGGCGUGAUUCGGCCUGGGUGGAAAGCAGACAGUGAUUGAUGGGGCGGUUCCCCGCUGCUCUCUGAUUGAGUUAGAGCCACUCACAACCACUCGCUUUGUCUGCUCUUUGCACGCUAAAUUGGCAACAUUGUUUGUGUUUUUUCUUUUUUACUGCAUCAUUUUUUCUCACAGCUUAUUUCUUUUGUUGCAUGGCAGUAUUGGUUGGAAAAGGAGUGUAAAUUCAGCCUAACUGCAGCCUUUUAUUGCAUUAACACAGCAGGAAAGUGCUGGCAGUGGGAUUAGCAACCUGUAUCUCUGGCGCCUGUCCAGCCUUUUUAGCUUGACCCUGCUCACACAGAGAAAUGACAAGAGGGCCCCUCUCCUCCAUACAUACUUACACAAUCACCCAGGGGAUCUGAGCCGAGGAAUAAAGAGGGAAAAACUGGACAGACGGCGUCCAAGUUGGCAGCAGAGUUUGAUUGUUGGGCUAGUAAAUGGAAGAGUCACCUUGCCCUCCAAAUGUUGGCAGGCGCUGGCUGCCCAUCAACACUUAGAUCAGACCUGUAAAGCCAAGCAUUCAACCUCUCUGCCCGGCACCACGGAAGAGAUGCACCGCCUGGCAUGUGGCCCUCACAGCAUGCCUUAUUUGGCGCCCAAAUUGCAGCAUCACUGGAAAAUCUGACUUCUUUGCAUGCAGUGAGAACAAUGCAGCCAUCAGGAUGGAAUAAAGGAUGUGGUUUGAAUGUUUGAGAUCGCUUCCAAGGGCUGAUCUGCGUUCAAAGGAAAUCUGGCAUUAACUGAUCAACUGGCUUCUCUUGCAAAUAUGCGUCUAUUGUAUAAACACGCCCUUCAUUUAUUUUUAUCACAUUCCUUUUCCCCUUUCUUACGAGUAACCAGAAAAAGACUGUCCUGUCUGAAGGUUAUUGUGUGGUUGAAGGCCAGGUGACUGUUUGUGCAUAUUGUAAACACUCAAGAGGACAAUACAAGUCCUUGACGACACUCUCUCAGGGCCUUUUCACAGCAUCCCCUCCCCCCAGCUCUUCAGCCAGCUGACCGGGUCAUGAGCACCCAGUCCAGACUGCUCUCUGACCCCCAACCGUGCAGCCGCCUCCACAGACUGCCCAAAGGACAGAGAGAAAAAAUGGAAGGAAUGCUUGAGGGGACGGAUGGGCCGUUUAAUUGAAUAAUUCCCAGAGCAGUUAUUACCACCAUUGCCCUCGAGCUUUCUCGCCGUCGUAGAACAAUCUGAGAGCGAGUGAGUGGGUGAGCAAUCGAGCAUGUACACAAGCGUGCUGCUAAACCUUUCUCAGGGUUUAUGUUGGCAUCUGUUUGCCAACCACCUCUAUCAGCUGUUUGCACCAUUUCUCCUGAUUGUUUCUGUUCCUUUACUCUGCUCGACUUACAUGCCUUCACACUGUUCCUCUAUCUGCCUCACCGCUCUGUUUCCUUUUAACGCAGCGACACCAACUGCCCCACCCACGCCACACUCUGCCUGCCUUCCUGCCCAUUGUGGAGAUGAGAGUUUUGAACAGCACCCAAAAGCUUUACCUCGCGAUGACCCCAGACUGAACCCCCUCCUCCCUCCUCUUCCUGCCUCCCUCUCCUCCUUUUGCUUUCUUUGAAAGCGGCGUGCUCCCUGCACACACAGCUCAUUACCCAGCAGGGAGCAGCACUACCUCCCUGCAGCAUCAGAAGCAAACAGAUGAAUGUGUUUGUGUAUUCCUCCGCAUUUUGGCGAGUUCUUAUUGCUUUCUUCCUCAUGAAAUGUGAAGCUAUGUAGCGUUCAUUUAGCUAAUUUUAUUCCCAUGUCGAGUUCAUGGGGGGUCACUAGCCCAAGGUUGCAGACGAUUAUCUCCAUGUAUGCUCAUGUUUCAUCUGGUCACAUGGUUUAUGCACAUCCGACAUGUAUGAGCAGGAUAUCCACGAAUAGUCUGCUCCAUUUUUAUUCAGAAUAGAUGUGGUCCUGUUUGGAUUCUGUCACAUUACCAGCUGCUUUUAAUGAGAUAGUCCGGACAAGUUCAGCUCUGCAGUUGUUUUCAGUGUUUCUAAUCAAAAACAUGUCUUCGGCUGUCUUCUGUCUGCUCCAGAGAUUAUGGUGAAAUGUAAGACAGAUGCAGUCCAACUGUAAAGAUUAUUGCAAUAAAUGUAUACAAUACAUUUUAAUGAUGUGAAAAGAAAAAUGGUUAAUUAUUUUACUCUCAAUUAUUAGUUUAGUCUAACCAAAGUUGCAGUGAGUGAGUUGAGUGAGUCUAGCAUUUCUACUUAAGGCAGGAGAUAUGAGGGUUUUCUUGUGCGCUGUAAUUGACCCCAAACUGGCGAUAAAUAUUGUUUUAUUGUUUUAUCAGCAGCACCUUUCUCCAUCAGCUAAAAACAACCAGUUAGCCCUUCACAAGCUUCUUCGUAGAUUGUUUUUCUGUAUGAUGAAGCAGGGCAACUAGAAAAAGGUCCAACAUAAUGUGCUCAAAGAAGCACACUGACUCCUAACUUGGUCAAAGUGGGUAUACUUCUGCUAGGUGCAUGUAUACCUCUGGGCAGGACAAUCAUAGAUAAACUGCCUCAUCGAACUCAACUUUCCUGUGUAGGUAAACUUACUGAGGAUCUGUCCACACCUAUGCAGAUGUGUACACAAAUGUAGUUUUUUUCUAUGUUUUGGCCUCUCAGCCACACAUGAUUGGAGUUUUAGGUCCUUUGUUUGUGGGUAAAUGUCUCUAAUUUCAACUAUAUCUGCACAGUUGUUGUUGUGUAAGUGGCAAAGAACAAGGUUUUUUUUUCAGUUGAAACACUGGUGUGUUUUUGCACAGCAAUUGUUUUUUGUGUGUAUUGCACAUGUACCAAGAUGAGGGCGACUGGCUUGUGUACACAUUCUUGGUACUCCAAAGUUUGACUGUAUAAUAAAGAAACCACACUCUUCCUUAUCAUAAAGUCACUCUCUAUAGUAUCUGAAUGUAGCUCUCCUCCUGGGGCUGUGGAGGUGAAAGUCUCAGGGCAGGGACAGUAUGUUUAACAAAGACAGUAAAGUUAUCAGUAUCAGUCCUUCUGUGCCCCCCCCCCCCCCCCCCCCCAGUGCCCUGUUAUUUUUACCCUUGACUCCUCAUUGUUGUAACUAUGGUGUAUCAUCCUCAGCACACCAUAGACCCCUGUGGAGGACUCUCUUUUUGCUCACCUCUGCCGCCCCUUCUCUCCUGUGCAAUCAGAGAUCCACUCAAAUGUCAAGGUGGGACAAAUGGGAGCCAUUCCCUCCUGUAAUGGCCCCAGAAAUGGGCUCGAGAGCUUCUCCACCCUUCCUCCUUUCCUCCCUCUCUCUCUCUCUCUCUCUCUCUCUCUCUCUCUCUCUCUCUCUCUCUCGUCUGUCUUUGAAAAAACACCCAGACCUUUUCAUCUCUUCCUUCAUAUUUUUCUGCUUUCUUUCCCACGUUUUUGGACUUAAAUACCUAUUUCCUUCCUCUCUUUUUUGCCCUAUAAAAUCUGACUUUUCUUAACAGGGUCCAUAACUCAGAUGUUGCAUAAUCAAGCUUUAGUUUUACUUCUUCCAGUUUCUAAGAAAUGUAUCCAGAGGGCUGGUUACUCUAUUUGCUCUGCAUACUUUUAUGUGAAUAUUCAAUUCUGCUCACUUGACUUGCAUACAGAGCUCCCCUGUUUGAGAAGCAUUUUCAUAUCCAAAGCUUGCCUCGCAGGAAAGAAAUGCUAAAUGUGUGUUUCCGUCCUGCCAUGGGCAGUUUUCUUAUUAAUUAUGAUUACUCAUUCACUCUGUGCUUGGAUUCAUUUCCCACUCUGUUCACUAGUGUCUCCUUCAUUCAGCUUUAAAGUAUUUUCAAGAACUUGACAGUAAAUGUUCAUAUUUUACUAAAAAAAGACGUUUUAACUUUAGAUGAAACAAAAGCACUGGACUAAGAUAUUGAACUUUUUUCACCCCACUCUCUACAGCCUGUAUUUAUUGUGCCUCUUAUCUAAUGAAGGCAGAAAUGCCCUUAAUAUUAUUUUAGAAAUACAUCAUAAGAUUUUUAACCAUGAAACUAUAUUUGGAAACAGUUUUUUUUUUUUUUUCGUCAUAUAUCAGAGGCAGCAGUUGGAGCUCAUUAAAACUCUGACUUUCCUGCAGCAGGAAUCACUAUAACUUUUGGAAACACAGCAGCUAAAAUUCACUGUUACUCAGGCUUUUUAACAGUCUGAGUGUUUUUCAGCCUGUAAGUUUGAGUCUGGCCCACACUCAGAGAUUGAACAGCUAUGGUCUUAUUUUGUUGUGUGAAGAGCAGCACAGCACACACUAACAGACUCAUUCACCAACAGCCACAGACUCAAUCUAAAAUCUAAAAUCCAACACACUGAAGGGCGACAUGAAAACAUACUGAGCAUGACUGUGGUAUGUUUAUGACUCGUAGAAAAACUCAUGUUAUUGCCUUGAAUCAAGUUCAGUCCUCCAUCUCUCAUGUCUGUCUGAGUUAAUACUUCAUGAUUGUCAUUGUCCUUCCUGAUUGGCUGUCAUUCUGUUCAAGCAGAUCUGAAAGGUUAAAGCUCACAUCACGGGGAAAUCUGGCACAACAUCUUCAGAGCUACUGGAAAGUCUGUCUCAAAGUCAGCCCAAGAAUUCUGUCCUGUUGACUCCUGUUGAGGAGAAGAUUUACUGCUUCUUCUGUUGAACAGACUGACAUAUAUUUACAUCUCUGUGAUCAUGUUGUUGUGACCUAAUUGUCAUGCUUAGCUAUUUUAAUAAGGGGGGAAGGUCAUAGUGUUCAUAACAGGAUGACUGGAGCUCUGCCUCAGCCCUGCAGGGCGUGUCACAGUCACCCGUGGGGAAAUAAAAACAAGUCAGCUGAACAUACUUGAGCAUCGACAGUGGGUCUUACAUGUGAGGUGAGCGUGGGGGGUGUAAAUGGCGUGCUAACAGUGAGGACUGUUGUGGUCAGUUUUACCCCCCCCGUGCUCAUAUUUCCAAAUAAAGGAUUAUUGUGUGCGCUGCAAAGGGAGGGGGGGAUGCAAUAAUUGAGCCUAAAUAGCCAAAUUCAUUAAUUUGAUUGUUGGCGACAGCAGAUCUCUUGACAGUGUAAUUAGGAAAGCUAAUGGAUAGAGGCACGCUAAAUCCAUCAAUGCUAAUGAUAAUUGCUGUUCAGGAAAGCGAAUAUGCUUUACCAAUGUGUUGCCAAGGCCGCCACAAAAUCACAAGCAGCCACCACGUCUAAAAAUAUGAGUGAGCUGAGGGUAUGCGUGUGGGGGUGACACCCAAAGAGGCCACUUGGACUGGUGCAGCUGUGCAGCCUCAGUCUUUUCCUCCAUCAUUUCUCUAUACUUUCCUCCAUCAAUGUGGCGGUGUGGUGGUGAGCAGAGCAAUCAUGCCCUUCUCCCCUUUGCUGACAACGAACCACUUCUGAACCCAUCAUCUCUGAUUGGUUGCUGGUUUAUCCCGCUGGGUGGGUUAGCGCGCGCUGAGGACUUUUGCAGAUUCAGGAGUGGAGACUCAUCAGCGCAAAGGCUGAUGGUGAGAACAAACUUCAUGCUUCGUGGUAGAGCUUUAGAGAACCUGACCAUCAGUGAAAAUCUUACUCUUGGAAAGUCAAUUAGGCUUAAUGUCUUUAGCUGAGGACAUUAAGAUGUAAAACAGGUUUACUGCCAUUUUUUUUUUCUCUCUCUUGAAGAGAAUGGCGUCUAGUCUUGCCAUCAGGGGUGUCAUUUCAGCUGGUCUGAGCCCAGGGAAAAGGGGAACCUGUUAUUCUAGUGCCAGUUAAUGAAUGUCACAUGGAAAAGGGAGGCAGUAAAGGAGGGAAAGCAGGGAAGGGGAGCAUUUUAUUUCAGUGAGGUAUGUCCCCUCCAGGCUAAGUUGAAGAUCAACCUGUCUCGUGCCCUCUUGUACAAACGUUAAUGAUGUUUUUCUGGAGCCCCAAGUGACAGUUUGUUAACCGAGACUUCUUAACGCGUGAAAUCCGCAGGCCCUGAGUUUUCUGACAGCUGACAACUUAGUCCUUUCUCCCUGCAAAGUCCCCCGGGCCUUGCAGAGCUGUCCCAUAUCUGUUGUUUGGGUUUUCCCUCUUGUGUUACCCAGAGAUGUUUUGACAUGUUGUAGGUGACAUGUUUUUGUGAAAUAGCAGGCUAUACUGUGAUGGCUGCAGAGAGAGAAAUGCCUGAGAAAAGCAUGGGACAUUUUCUCUCUAUAAGUUGAAGUAGCAGAGAAAGAGCUCUUGUUCUGGGGGGUUUCCACAGCUUAUAAAUGGUCUGAUUAAGGAAUCUAACCAAUUGUAGGAGGCCCUUGCAGUCUGUCAUAGGGUUAUUCCGUUGCCUCAGAUUGUAUUGCUUUUGUGGAACCAUAUCAAGCAGACAUUUAUAGAAGGAGGACAGAUUAUAUCCAUGGGAAAGCUUUAGGCAGUAUAAGUGUUAUAUUGUUAGUCCGCUGGUUUGUCGCCUUCUCUUUGGCUUUGCGAGGAGGGCUAAUGUUCUUGUUUGACACUAGAGGAUUGCUUUCUCUCUGUGCCUGAAGAAAGAAGGCAGGCUAAUACAUUUGAGUCGGUGAAGCGAAGGUCGUUGAGAAUUACAUUCAUCCCCCCUCGCCCUCCUCUUUUUUCCCUUUAAUUUCCCCACUGGAUUGGCAAACCGUUUUUACUAUUAGCACUGUGGUAGGCAGCUCACUGUGCGCCUGUAUGUGUGUAAUUGUCUGUGUAUGUGUGUUGUGACGGGCUGGCAGGCCCACCCAGACCCAUGCCGAAUGGAGGGAUAAAUCGGUAUACGGCUGGACUGGAUUGCAUUGUCAUGAGGAAUAGAAGACACAAGACAACAGCAGUAUUAUAUGAACCAAAGAGCCGCUUCAGUGGAGGAAUUGAAGUCUAAGCUGGUCUCAGUGAGGACGUAGAUGAGUGGGAAACCCCUAAACCUGCUCAAUACCUCUCUGCAGCGUAUACGCCAUCCUCAGCUCUGCAUACUUGUGCACUUGUCCACAUUACUCUGCAGCACCGCUUCACAGUGGGAUCUCUAUGUAUGUCAUGUCUCCUCUAAAGCUGCAACUAAAGCACUAUUCAUGUAGCAACCUCUGGUAGUUUAUUACCUCUAACAGUCACUUAUUUACUCAAAUUUACUGGCCACAUUUUCGAGAUGCUGAACUGGAUUGGGACAGCAUCAGGCUUCCUCCAGUUCAGCCUGCAGAAAAUGUAUGAAAGAAGAAGACAGCGCGAUCCAACAAGCUUCAAGUAGGAAUGUGCAUUCAAAACUCUAAGACGUGCAAAGUUUGUAACUUUUUAUCCUAAAGGCUAAAGCUUAGAAACGUACACAACAAAGCAGUUCAUACUUAGUUAAUCCAGCCAUUUUCAGGGGUUGGAGAUAUUGUUUACGGGAUAUUUAGUAUGGUACAUAACUGAAUCCCCAUUUAGGAUAUUUCCAUCAUUUUUGAUUAAAAAGAAUAUACUGUAAAGUUUAUGUCACUGUGUCUUUUUCACAAGCUCUUCACAAGAAGAAGAAUUGGACUCCCAUUACAAGAAAGGGUUUUCAGCCGAGAGCAAAAUGCUUCCACAUUUAAAGAAUUUAACAGGCACUGUAUUAAUGCAUGUAUUUGUGCAGGUGCACAUCAGGGUACGCAUCUUGGUGUCUGCUUAAGUAAAGAGCCACACAAUAGAUCUGAUGCAGAAGUUUAAACCCGACUUCAAACUGAACCCAGAGUCCAUACUGUUCUUUGUUAUCUCUAGGCAGCACAGGUUUAGGUCUAAGUCUUGGAUUUGAGUCCUUACAGGUGUUUAGAUUACAGCUAAAUUUGAGACAGCAGGCAUCAGGAGAGUCUUUUGAAAGCAUAAAACUGCCCCACCAAGUGCUUUCCAUAAUGUCUUCCAGAUGAUGAGGGCCUGGAUGGAUCUGUGUUAGCAGGAGCAGAGCACAGGGUAGAUUCAACAGAGCAGAACUGAGGCUGACACACCGGUCACUUAAGCACAAAUAGAGACAUUUUAGAAGCAAGGCCUCUUCUUUUCCCUCUUCUCCUUGCACAUAGAACAGAGCGAAGCCCCCCAGGGUGUUCACACUCUUCCAUCUGCAUCCUCUUUCCCACUGGGCCGCCUCUUACGAGGGCUGAUGACACACCAGGGUAAAAAUGCAAUAAACAGCUUUUCUGAAGGUGUGAGGAGCUGAAAUGGAAACAAAAUAAAGACUUCUGCUUUUGUUUGGAUGAUGAAUAAGGGCUUCAUGAGGACAGGCAAAAUCAAAACAUUGGCUGACCGUCAUUGGUUUAUAAUCACACACAUAAAAAAAUGUUUUACCAAUGCACAUCUACGCAAAUAGAACAGAACCACAUGCACCUCUUUAUUGCUCAACUCCUUCAGCUGUGCUGCAGCUCGCUCCAUCCUUCUUCUUUUCAGUGAUGCAACUCAGCAUCAAUUUUUCAGGUGUCUGGCAACGCUCGGCUUUUGGCAGUUGUAGGGUGGGUCUGAGCAGGUCUGCAGAGAAAGAGGCUCUGAGGUGAAUUAUAAGUCAGCUGAUAGAACCGAGCAGGGCCAUGGAAAGAUUGAUGUUCUCUGUUUUGAGAACUGGGAACUGAAAGAUGGAGAGGAGAGGAGAGAAGAGAAUUGCACAAAUACAAACAUUUAGGAAGAGGAGUAACUCCUGCAUCCUUGUAGAACAGUCAUCUGGUCUGUGUGGAUGAAUAAUGUCCAUGUCGCUGAUCUGUUAAUAAAAAAAGGGAAAAAAAAGCCUGUCAGCCUUGAUGGUGAGAAAAUACUUUUGAGAAACAUGAAUUCCUUCUUUUCAUAAACAAGGCUGAGUUUUGUAUCUUUAGCUUGGCAACAUAAAUAUUAAUUGUGGUAACUGAAAGAGACAAUGAUAUCACUUUAGCUGAACAAAAUAACUGUGAUCCCUGCUUCAAGGGACACACUGAAUAAUGAGUGACUCCUGGGCUGGGUGUAGCCUGGGGUAAAGAUUGUAAACACCAUGUGAAGCAGUUUUUUUCUCACUUUGCUGCAGCUGAUAAAGCUGCCGAAACAAAGUGCUGCUUGUAUAAGCUGAGCUGGGCUGUUUACAAAGCUGGUUGCCUGAGGAGAGAAGGAGGACCUCAGCUGGAUCCAUAGGUCUCAAAUAUAUCUCUUCCCACAAUGCGAAAGAGUAUUCAAUAGCUCUUAAUGCUGCGCAGAGAGGAGAGGAUUGAGGAGAGAGGAGGAAAAUCAGAGAAAGCACAAGCUGAUCAGUAAAAAGACAAACAGAUAACUCACAUGACUCUGAGCAGGAUACUGCAGGAUAAACAGGCUGCAGGUUGUUUUCAUGAGCAGGUGUUUGUCAAACAGGUAACAGGAUACAGAGAAAAGGUUCCUGCCUGUGUUUGAUCAGAAUAGAAACAGCACACGUGCAAAAAUAAACAGCCGAUUCAGCUGAGAUCAGCUGACUAAAAGGUGUCUCUUUAUGUGUCACUCACAGGAGAGGGUGUCUUUCAGAACAUUUACUCUGGUGGCAGGGACUUAGACAUGAGUGAAGGAUGCAAGGAAGUAACUAAUGUGAUGCAUCCUUGGUCUGAAGUCACACCAAGAAGACCAGAUGAUUUCAAACAAUUAAAAGUUUAAAGUGAGAGUUCAAGGGUUGCAGGUUUGAAAAUCAUGUCCUUGUUCUGAGACAGGGAGCAGAUUUCUGUCUGAGAAUUUAAAUGGAGGAUGAAUAGAGGGCACUUCAUGCACAUUGACAGCUUCAUAUCUCCUCAGAUCACUCUAUCCAAGCAGAAAGAAAAGAGAGUGAGUGAAGUCAUCCGUCCACCGCUCUUCCUCAUGGGACACGAUUUCAAGCAGCUUUAGCUCUACACCUACUGACAGUGUUCUACUCCACCACAAGCUCCCUCUAAGUACUCUGAGUAAUUUUAACAUAUAUAAAAAAAGAAAAACAGUGGACACCCAUCCCUAACCUCCCAGAAUCCCUCAGGGGUUACUUGAUUUACUGUUUUUACAAAUAAGUUAGGUUAGUGAGGGGGAACAUUUGCGGAAAAAAAGUGCUAAAGUCUGCGUGUGGUUACAAGUUGGGCCCCACCUGAGGGAUUGGGCCCAUCCCAAACCGUCACUCAGAGUGUAAAUCGCCUUUUUGUGUGAAAGCCUGAGUAUUAAGUAAAUUCAGAAUCGCUGAGGAGACGUGAUGUUUUGACAGUAAUUUGGGAAUCAAGUGAAACUACGAAAACCAUCCCCUGAGCCUGGGAGGCACAUAGUUUCAGAGAGACCAAAAGACAAGUAUGUGAGUGAGUGAGUGUGCCCAACACCUGCUGCAAAUUAACCUGCAUACAUCAGAACUGCUUUUCCUGCAUUUGUAAAAUCUGAUUUCUGCUGAAGAUAGAGGAGUUUUACAACAGGUCAUCUAUGCAGGAAUAUGCUGGUAGAGCGGCCACACGGAGAUGAAAAGUUGGCCAGAUUUUGUGUUACAGGCAAUUAGGAAAGUGUGGAAAACUGAUCUAAAAUCAGCGUUUGGAUCAAGGCUAAGCUCUGUCAUACAGAGCACAGCACGGAAAAGUCAUCUAAAGCAUCAUGCACACACACGCACACACACACACACACACACACACACACACACACACACACACACACACACACACACACACACACACACACACAUACACACACAGGCACUGAGGGGAAAACCACAACUCAAAUGGCUUAAUGCAACAAGUGCCUGAAAAGAAAGACACACAUGCAAAGGAGAACCUGAGGCUUUUUGGACCACCCUCAAUGGCCAGUCACUCUAAUGCCUCUUUCACCAGCUUAUGUUUCACACGCCAGAUUCAGUGUAUGUGUGUGUGUGUGUGUGUGUGUGCGUGUGUGCGUGCUUGCGUGUGUAUGAUGGCUCCAAAGUCCUAUUUCAAAGCUGUUUUCCUCCUAAAGUCUUUGCUGACUCAAUUAGGCGUCUGCUCCUUUCUGCAGCCGCUGGUCUGAAAUUCCAUUUCAAUGUAGUGUUCAAUUGUGAGUGAGUGUGUUCGUGCGCAUACGUGUGUGUGAGUUUAACAGCUUUAACACCUGUCUCAUUCUGUACACCAGCCUGAGCCUAAAGGGUUUGAUAUUAUCACCUUCAGUUCAGCUUUUCUAUUAAACAACGGGCCCACACAGCCUGUCUGUGUUGUUCUGUGGUUAAAGAGGAGAUAGACGAGCACUCAGCUGAAGUUUAGAUGUUCAAACAUUCAUGCUAAGCAGCCUCAGAGCCUAAAAUCGCUGCAAAAAGCGUGUUUGUGUGUAUUUCAGGUCGGUAUAAUGAAAGCAAACCUGCCCACCUGUUCCCUGAGUUUUAACCUGAGACCUCAUUAGUGCGCAGUGUUUCAUUUCCACUACAUUACCUCCACAAUAUGUUGUGCUGCUUUGAGUUCAUGUUCAUGUGCUCCUCGGGGUAUAACUGUAUAUGUGUGAGUUUAUCUUUGUGUGUGUGUGUUCAGGCACAACAUGGGCCUAAUUUCCAAGAAACUCAAUUUACAUGGACAGAAACAGAAGAACAAAGAACUUAGAGGAACACUCUGACUAAAGCUGCUUCUUUUCUUCUCGUCUCAGGUAUGACUACGUGGAGGUGCGAGAUGGCGUGGAUGAGAGCGGCCAGCUCGUGGGGAAGUACUGUGGGAAGAUCGCCCCGUCUCCGGUUGUCUCUUCAGGGAACCAGCUCUUCAUCAAGUUUGUGUCCGACUAUGAGACCCACGGGGCGGGUUUCUCCAUCCGAUAUGAGAUCUUUAAGACGGGUAGGUGGAGCUUUACUGAACUGUCACUGCUCUAAAUCUUACCUGACAUUUCAUAAAUUGGAAAUGGAGCAGCAUGAAUGCAAGUUUAGGCAGGUAACUUAAGCUGCACUAUUAAUACAUGCAGUAUGUGUCACCGUAUCAACAUGGCCUCCCAGUUUGUUCACCUCAAACUUCCAGCCCCACCACAUCCCAGCAUCCACCUGCAGACUCCAGUAAAUGUUAGUCUCAGUUUCUGCAUGCAAAUAAAUCUGCAAGGACACAAACAACAUCUGCUGCUGCAUUAAAUUUCAGCCCGCGUGACCCGUCACACUAAAAUAUCAUAGAUACAGACCUACACUUACAUGACUGAACUUUCCCUCAUCAGUUUAUUUCCAUCAAUUUAAGUGUGUCACCUAGUUAGUAUUUGAGGAUGAAAACCCUGCAGACUCACAUGCUGGUCCCGAGGCAACUCUCUGGUUAUUAAGUAUGUCUCAGGUUAAGGACGGUGUUUCUCAUUAACCUGUUUGCUUCUGCUUUCAAAUGGUUGAGGUCAGGAAGAGAAUAGAAGGAGACAUGAACCAAAGUGCAAGUUUUAUUCAAGUCUUUAUCUGCAACACUUUUACUCAGUUUUCAUUGAGCUGAAAACAGAUCAGCACAUGGUGUUUGUCAUGAGUAAAUGUUGGUGUAAAACUGCUGCAUCAUUGAUAAAAAGCAUAAAGGCACAGAUCAGACAGGAACUGGGAGCAGAGGGAAGAUACUACAGAGUGGAUUCAAAGCUCUUGUGAAGAAAAGCAGGUCAUGGGGCAGUUUGUCCUCAGCCGUAACUGUAAUUCAAACACAACCUGUAAUCACAAUUUUUACUAGAAUUAUGACUUUUCCUUGUAUUUAUUACCAUUUUCACAAAGUAAUGAUUAUUUCUCAUGAGUCCGUGACUCUAAAAUUACAAUUCUUGUAAAUUUUGACUUUUCUUUUACUCAGAUAUAGGACUUUAAUCUUGGAAUUUUUUUAUUCUAUUCCUGUUAAUGUAUCACUUCAUUUAGGUCAAUUUAUUUUCAUAAACUUUGUUCUUGUAAAUUAUUGACUUUCUUCACAUGAAUGUCUGACUUUGGUCAUGAAAUAAAUUUCUCUUUCUUAAUGCCUUUUUUCAUCCUGAUCAACAGCUGCAUUUAAUCAUUUCAGACUCAAUGUGCUGUCACAAAUAUUCAUGAUAAAGUUGGAGUCUGCAUGUUUAUGUUUUGUGCAAAGCUGACUAAAUUAGUUUGUCAAAGCUCUUUGAGUAGCUGAGCUCUCCAGGUUUUUCCUGAUGUCAGAAAAAGUCAGUAAAAGUAAACUGAUACACACUUUUUAGGGUUGAUGUUGGUGGAUGAUGCCACUACAGUAAGGGUUGUUCACUUUCAGUCAUUUGUCAUAUUCAUCUGUUGAUUCAGUUACAUAAAUGUGAAAAAUCUCCAGUUCCCUGAAGAGAGCUCAAACUCUGAAGAGCAGCAGCUCUGACUGAAGAUGAAUUCAAGGUAAUUCUCUCCAACUGAAGAUAUAUUUUUUAAGAUACUGUAGAUCAACAUAUUUGUUUGAGAUCCUUCCCUUCUUCUCUUACCUGCAUCUUUGAAUUAGCAGGAUAUGCUCUCACAGCUAUUAACCACCCAAAAUUAAAGAAUUAAUGGAUAACAAAUCAUGUAUCUUGUCUCUUAUAGUAGUUGUUGCCUUCUGGUCGAUACUAUCAUUCUGAGCCUAAACUAUCAAACCCUCACAGUGUGACGGGAUGAAAGCUGGAGGAAUAAUUUGGGGAUAAUAAAAAAAAGAACCUCUCUCAGUCUAAUUUCAUGGUUUGUUUGUGAUUUAGUCAAAGCAGCAGAGCGUCAAAUUAUGCAAUCGCAAUAUGGCAGACAAUAUGCUCCAUUCAAAGCAAUGAAUCAUAGUCCCAUAUGCUCCGUAAUCAAAGUGGUUUUUAUGUGCUGUGAAUCAGCGUACAAUGAGCGAAGGCAUCAUCUGCUGAGCAUUGAUUUGACAAACCUCAUUCAUUGUCUGUCCAAAGCCAGUGUUCAGUUUUUUCUGGAAUUUGAGCCACUAAGCUUUGUUACAGGUUAUAAGUGUUGUGCCUUUUGAGUAGUUUUACUCAAGAAUAGGCGUGAUACACUUUAAAUAUCCUCAGGGGAUGUCUAUCUUAUCGGACAACAGCAUAACAGGAGAGAAUUUCCUCUUGUUUGGCCGCCUCUCUUUGUUUAGACUGGAGGACGAAGGAGGAGAAGGAGGAGGACAGCACAGAUUUGCAGAGUGACUCGCAGGCCGACAGGUGCCUCAGACUCCACUUUCAUUAAUUAACCUCAGCAGCAGUCUAUGGGAAGGCCUCCUGUGACCCUCAGAGACAUGAUGAAUGGGCCUGUAAGGUCCCUCCCUCCUUUUAAUCUGGGACUCUAUGUGUUUGUGUUUGUGUGUCGCCAUCACAGCGGGACAGCUGGUGGAGUGUGGGUCCAUUUAGGGGAUCAAAGUGGAGCUCCACCCCGACAAACUCCUCCGUACACUACCGCCUUAUCCCCUUAAUGAGGAGCUUCAUUGGGCAGCAUUCUUGCAAUGAUUAGCUUGGUAGCUCGUGGUCUUAUCUAUUAGGUUAGCUUGAAAUAAAUGAGGCGUGUUAAGGGUGCAGUGGCAAUCUGCUCAUGCAGAUUCUGCAAGAGAUAUUUGGUGGAUUGAAGUUUGAGAUCCUGGUCUAAAGAGACGGGAGGUUUACUGUAUCAAAAUGUGGUUACUGCCCAACUCUAAUCAGGAAUGUUGCUUCGGGACAGAACUUCUUCACCCUGUUUAGCAUCCAGCACUAUCUUGUUGGGCCAAAAGCAUCGUGGGUGUGCCGUUGCCUCCUCAGUAGACCCAGACCCUCGCCAUGAUUUGAGUUAGCUCUCUGUUUUGACUACUGCAGCUCUGUUUACUGAGCAGUCUGACAUCAAUUAACAGCCCUGUUUGUUAGAGAGAGAGGAAGAGAGAGAGAGAGAGUGAACCCAACAGAAAGAGGAACUCCAUACUAGCUGAUUAGUACAGCUUAUCAACAAGCAGGGUAUUAGCAGGGAGAACAUUGUGUUGGCUAAUACAUGUAACAUUAAUGAUGAUACACAGAUGCUCUGAUAACGGAUGGAGGAAUGGGAGGCUCAUGCUUGUGCAUGCCAAUGAAGGGAGAUGCAAAGAAUGCUGGGGGGUUAUCCGAGCGAUGAGGCCCGGAGAUCACCGAGAGUCCACCCCGGGAAUCGGUGCUGCUUUUAUGUGGGGGUGCAAAGGUCACAUGAAAGAUAAAUACACCCACAAAGCAAACAUGUGGACUCCCUUCAGGGAUCAGAUGCCAACUUAAACAAGUAUGUUUACAUGUGCAGGCUCACCCACUGAAGCUGUAAACUAUAAAGAUACACUUUCACACACACACACACACACACACACACACACACACACACACACACACACACACACACACACACACACACACGUCAACAAGCUGGCAUUUGCAGCCCCGGCUUUCAUCAGCUGGAUCCUGCAAAGUGUCUAAUUGGAAGAGAACAGGUUGUUUUGCGACUCUCCAUGGUGGCUUCCACAUCAGUUCUUACCCCUCUCCACUCCUCGUUCCCAUCCAACCAUCUUAAUUAGCAUGGGCUAUUUAUUUUAUAGCCUGCAAAUUGGCAGCCUCGCUCUGCUGGCUGAAGUCUGGAGAGAGAUGGGAAAAAGUGAGAUGGAGGGGGAGAAGGAGAUUAAAAGAGGGGAGUGAGGAGUAUUUGAGCUGUAGAAGCAGAUUAGAGAGCUGGUUGUGUUUGUCUCCAUGGAGGUCUUCAAAUACCAAAACGUUAAAAAAAAGUACGACAAGCAACGACCUUCAUUUGAACAAACAACAUAAAAAUGUUGAUCCUGGUUUCUUGGUUUGAGGCGACAUGUCAGUCAAGAAAUAGAUUCAGCAAAUUUCACCAUUUACUAGACCUGUUGUCCUCAAACUGCGUUGCUUUUUCUUAGGUGUCCAACUAGGAUCUUCUCUGCUAUGGUGGUGUUCAGCUGGUGGCUAAUUAAAAUACCUGACAAAUGGGUGAAUUUGUAUUUGUUUUUUCAGGGUUGAUACAGAUACAGAUAUUCUGUGGUUCAUAAAACUAAUAAUUUAUAUUUGCAAACACUAUGCUGUUACCAUGAAAAUGAAAACUAUGUCUUAAAGUGUAUAAAUACUACAAAGUACGAAUUCUAAGAGGAAAAUAUGUUUAAAGGCCUUUAGCUAAAACUAAAACAACCCCGUCUUAACCUUAUUAUAUCAGCUCCACAUGAACUAAGAUGUUGGUGGCAUGAAAAGCUACAGGACCAGUCCACAGACCAGACAUGGCUGACGUCAUAGUGACCAAAGAAACCUCCUGUGUUGGGUCUAUGGGUCAGCUUGGUGAGGUGGGUUUAACCUCUGCUGAGGUCCUGCUGCUUUUGUAAAAGGCUGAGAUCAGUAUUUAUCCGACCUCCUCGAAAGUUUCUGGAAAGAUUAGUCCUCUGAAGCACAUGCACAUGCACAACACAUGUUUUCUUUUAACAGCUCUGCAGAGCCACAUCAAUGCUGGAGGCUGAUCUAUUGAAGUGGGUGCAGAGGCAGAUAGAGUCCUGGCUUCUCUGUUCCAUCACACACAGACUCAUCAAUGACUGAACUUACAUCCACACACAUUAUUACUGUGAUUUUCUCACAAAAAUGACCCAAGUCACAUUUCAGACUGGACAUGUGUGUGUGCCAAUGAAAACAAGGAAACCAAAAACAGGCUCUGCUUUUCCUCUUAGGCUGAUUGGAAUUUCUAUUUUAAUGCUUUCUUCCUGAGUUUGCAGGCACUGGUAUCAUUAUUAUUAUAAAGUUCAGAUUUUGAUGCACAACUGCCACAAAGUCUAGAUAAAGGGAGCACAGCGCCACCGCUCCAGCUGCUAAAAUGCAUGUGCUAAAACACAAACGCGGGUUUUGUAAACUCACACAGAGCAAGAGUUUCAGAGGGUCUCUGUUUGACCAGCGCGAGUGUGAUCUGUGCAAAUGUGUGUUUUAAAUGCAAACAUGUUAGCGAAGCCUGAAUCUGCUGGAUUGAGACUUACGGUGUCAUCGCUUCACUUUAAAGCCCCGUUUAUCAUGUCACUGUUACACUGACACUUUUACUCACACACACACAUCUAAGUGUUUUCACAGAUGUGUGUGUGUGUGUGUGUGUGUGUGUGUGUGUGUGUGUGUGUGUGUGUGUGUGUGUGUGUGUGUGUGUGUGUGUGUGUGUGUGUGUGUGUGCUGGCUGGGGCCUAACAGGGGCCACACUCUGCUUUGAUGGCAGGCACGCCCUGAUGGCAUGGGUCACAUCUGGCAUGGAGACACACUGUCAUCACAAGCACAGCCCUCAUGGAAACCUGAGACUACAAAUCUCCUAAAAAGCAGUGAGAGUGAGACUGUGACCCCCCCCCCAUCCGUCACCCCACAGUGUCCCCCCUUAUUGGCUGAAGGGGGGACGUCACAGGCAAAGUCAAAUACUUUGUCAGCAGAGCCUCAGGGUGUGUGUUUGUGGGUUAACCUGCUUUUCCAUCUGCUACAGUGAUUGACGCUCAGCAGGCUGCAGGUUAAUGUCUGAUUCACUGAAAGGGUUAAUUCUCCUCCAUGAUUAGCCCUCCUGUCAGAGCGGUGAGCAGAGGGAGGUAUGACGGGUGGUGGAGGGCCGUGAACUGGGCUAAUGAUCAGCCAGAGAGUGGCACAGAACAUAAACAGAGGUGAUUUACUUUGCAGUCCAAGAACAACACCCCCAGCCCUCACGACUCCGGCCACUAAUAACCCGACGGAGGAGAGAGAGAGAAAGAGAGAGAGGUGAGGUGGUGGAAAAAGGAGCGAGGGACAAAAAAGGAGAGAGAGACAGAUCUAAAAAUGAAAACAGCAAUCGGCCGCCACAUUAGACGCCUGUUUCUUGGCGCUGGCGAUGUUGUUGUAAUGAUUAACGCCUGGUCUCUGGUCGCUCUGAGCACUUAGAGUAGCAGCUUAAUAGAGACGUAGAGGACAAAUCAUCAGGGAGAGUAAUGGCUGAAACCAUAUUUAUUUAAUACUUAUUAUUAUCGAUUGCUUACACUCACAGAGUUGAAACCAGAUCUCCAUUAAAUAUCAUUUUGUCUGCUGUUAAACAAACUAAUCGCUGUGAGAGCGAGCUGGAGUGACAUUUGUUUACUCCGCCUCCAGAGGAGAAAGGCUCAGACUAAACAAGAGUUAAAGGAAUCCAUUACCGCCAGCAGUAAAUGUCUGAGCGCCUGGUUGGAGUUUGUCGGUAAAUGUUGAGCGUUCAAGGUUACUUCUUUUCUUCUCCUCAAACAUUCUGCAGUAAAUUCAGCUGUUUGUUUUAAAGCGUUGGUCGGAUAACAGGAUCAACAAUCUGUGCUGUCUGAAAUGAAAUGGAGAAAUCUUUGUUUGUGCUUUUUCUAUCAGCUUUACCUGAGUCAAAAUCUUCAUACUCACAGAAACACCUCUCUCAUUGAGUUGAUGAAUCUCCUACAAGGCCAAGACAGAGAGAGAGUUAGCAUUCAGCUGACAGCAGGAUUUAUUUAGUCUCCUCUGAGCUCCUGUCAGCACAGACUCAUGCACAAACACCAUACAGACUGAUGCUGCCACAGAACAGCCUGACAGCUAUCACUGAAGGCCUCUCAUGCAGACAUCAGCACAAAGCAUCCUGGGUGUAGUGAGGGGAGCCGGGGACAGACGGCCUCCCAUGUGGAGGAGGCAGGAGAUAAAAGAGAUCUGCUGGAUGAGUCUCUCACUGCUGGGAACCUCCAGAGUGCUCUGUCUGCCCCCCUGCUUCAUUUUGUCGUGGUGUCUGCGGCCUCGUCUUUCUCUGCGAGGUUAAAAACGCUGCAGGCCGCUCAAAGGUGACAAUAGAAGAGGUUGAUUCUUGGCUCAGCCUUAGUCAUGGUCAAGGAUAAGAUGGAGUGUGCAAACUUAACAAGAACGGAAAUUAUAGAGAUGAAGCAACGUCUGCAGACCUCACAGUUGACAUGCACUGUUCGCAAUCACAUGACAACAAUUAUGUUAAGCUGCAAAAUCACUCCUUGCAUCAGCACUAUACCAUCACCUCUACAGUCCCACCACCUCCUUGUUCUACAUCCACCUGCUGACUCAGCCAGAGGGGUUUGAGAUAUCAACUCAUAGAGGAGUAUAUAGGUGAAGGGUCUGCCAUGGUUUGAAAACCAAGAGAAGAAACUGGAGGAUGCCUCAAAAACAUGCAAACGCAGGGCAGUGAAACCAUGCACGCACAACUUGACAAAACAAGCACCAAGUAGCAAUGACCAGUAUUUGCUGACAACAGAAUGAGCACAAGUUGUAAAACGAAGGAAUGCAUGAGAAGUCUGACAUAUGUGAAAUAUGAGUAUUAAGUGUUUAGUCUGCUAACACUGAUUUAUGUGCAGGCAAAAACACUUUUCUAUUCAAACCAAAUGCACUUAUUUUAGUGUAGAGAUAGGCUGUUAAUGUCAGUUUGGGAUAAUCUAUAUCAGCUGAUGUCUGGGCUCACACAGCUCAUGACAGAAUUUACCAAUCCGACCAUAAUGUCUGCGGACACUGCAGGCUGCCUCUUCAGAGAAAUGUUCAAUGGUGACAGGUUUUUCCAAAAUCAGAAUGACAGCAGAUCAGAUCUGUAGAGUAUGUUGGUUGAUGUACAUCAUGGUGUUUAGAUGAAUUUGGUGUAAUCUUGCUUCUGACACUAAUUUUCAAUUGUUCUGAACACAACUGCAUGACCAUAUUUUCCUGUUUCAUAAAAUGAUCAAAAACAAUGUGAUAUCUAACCUUGUAUGUUGGAUUGUAAAGUGUUAAAAUAAUGUCAUUUUACAUGUUUUAAUAUCAAAUGCAAAAACACCCCGAAAAAAAUCUACGUUGUCAUGGCAUCAUACUCGGCAUCAUAUAUUGGUCAUCAGCUGACUUGCUCUCCAGUUUUGGCAUCAGCAUUGGCAUUAAAUGAUAUGAGAUUAUUUUGAGUUUAGAGUUUUGAGCUCAGUGCUCUUACCAUAGCUGGUUGGUUUCAGAAUAAAAAGUGAGAAGAGCCCGACACUAUUUUUGUUCCUGAAUUGAAGCACAAAUAAGGUUCAUAGCAUUGUUUUGGGACAGAAGCAGCUAAACCUGUAGUCUUUUCCAGGUCCCUGCACUCACAACAUAUUUAAAAGAUUAAAGUACUGUUAGCACUGGUUUCGUUUUUAAAUUUUUGUAUGCACUUAUAAAAUCCUCAUUUUUUCUCUCUGUUUUAUCAAAUAUAAUUGGUCUGCAUCUUCCAGUUUCCUGCAGCCUUUUGUUAAACAGCAAUCAGAGUGAUAAAGUGAAGUAGUAUUUAUUAUUUUUAAAGGCCACUGUCUCACAAAUGCAUUCAGAAAAAAAAGAUUUGUCACAUUGUAGGAUUAGCCAUCACUCUGGUGGAAUAACAUGCAGAAUUUCAGCAGUCCAAAGUCUGCACUUGUUUUUCUGCCAACCUGGAGCCUGGAUUAAGACAGGUUUUCAGACUGAACCGUUUCCAAUGACCUGUUCUGGUCAACUGCUGAGUGGAGAUAAGGGUCAUGGUGGAGGCUGAUGAAAUGGAUGGAGAGUGAAGGUCUGAGCCAAUAUCCACAGGAAAUGCAGCACACUGACCUGGAUUGCUCUUUGGGUCCUGCAGCUGUCUCAAGCACUCGGGGAAAAAGCCACCUUUUUCCAAAGAGGCCGUUUGUGUCAGUGUUUCUUUGAGCCAAACUGUCUGACAUUUCUCCUGAACACGACAAAGUAAAGUGCAGAGCUGCAGCAUCCAGGAGCACUUGCUCUCUCUUGUCAAAUCUCUCAGUUUUCUGGGGUAAAUAGGAGGGGAAGCUGUGAAAUUAAUGGUGCCCACUGUUCUCCAAAGCCACACUUUCGCUGCUGCUCGAAAUGUCAGCUCUCUUUAGAGUCCAAACGCCACUCUGGAUGGCUUUUAACUUGAAAACCAACAUGGCUCUCCCUCCUCACUCACUCCAGAGGUGGACAGGCUGAAGUGGGCCUGAUGUUCCUGAAUAAUGUGCCCAGCAAGAUGCUCCAAAGACGGUUUGCCACAUUUAUUUCAGCUACAAUGGCUGCAGGACUGAGACGCUGUCUUCUGCAACUCCCUGCAAUUUAGAUUUCUAUCAGCCACAUCUUGCUGGCCGUCAGACGACCAUAAAAGUGACAUCCUGUGCACAUUUCUGCCAUUAACAGCUCCACAUGAUUGCCUUUAAUGAUAGUAGUCCUUUUUUUCUGGGUCUGUAAAUGUGUGAAGCAUGGCUCGGUUACAGUUGGUGCACAGUGAACAUGUCUCGCCUCAUUCUGCUGCUCUCUCAAUGAAUAUCUCCCGCAGCUGUUUGCAUCAUUUUUUUAUCACACGUCAGUCAUUCUUGAAUCAUAAUCUGGUGCUCUUGAUACUCUGAGAAGAGGCUAACAUGGGAAAAACGUUAGGGCUCCUCAUCAGCAGACAGGCAGCUCUCGGGGGAGCUGUGAAUAAAUAUUUUGACUCUCCCUUAAGUAAGAUUGUGUGUUUAAGAGUGUGUAUGCAGUCAUCGCCCUCGCCUGUCAUCACUGACGCUGUAAUUUUGCCUGAGCACCUCUCACAUGUUUCAGAGACAAAUCCUGAUGAGAGUGGGACAGGUGUCUGCAGAGUGAUUCAGGCUGUUUAUUCAUCACUGCUUAAUUCUGGUGAUUGGGUCCUUUCACUCAAGCGUGCUCUUAAAGUCCAGAUGUUUCAGGAGUCACAGAUUCAACACACAGGUACAGAAAGGAAGGAGUGUGACAGCUGUGACUGUAUCUGAGUAAAACAGCACAAAAACCUGAAUCUGUGGUCUGGAGUGAAUGGAGGUGCUGUCAAGGUGGUCUCUCCUCUAUGAGUCAUAAACUGCCCCCAACUCAAUAGACCCAGCUGGGAGGCCUAGCUUUGUAAUACUACCACACAAAGCCCCUGAAACAGAUCACUUAACCAACACUCAUUCAAAAGCACCGUCCCUCCCCUCUCUUUUGUCUCUGCUGUGUCUCAUCUUCUUGUUUGUCCUCCUCUUUCUUCCUGCAGGUCCAGAAUGCUCCAGGAACUUCACCUCCAACAGUGGCGUCAUAAAGUCACCAGGUUUCCCGGAAAAGUACCCCAACAACCUGGACUGCACGUUCAUGAUCUUUGCUCCCAAGAUGUCUGAGAUCAUUCUGGAGUUUGAGAGCUUCGAGCUGGAGCCAGACCCGACUCCCCCUACUGGUGUUUUCUGCCGCUACGACAGACUGGAGAUCUGGGAUGGCUUUCCUGGAGGUGAGCUGGUUAAAACUUGUCUAUGAGUGACUCAUUGUACAACUCCAAAUCCAAAUAAGUUCAGACACUGUAUCAAAUGUUAAAACUGAAAAAUGUUCUGUUUAAUGAAAAAUAUCUUUAUAAAUUAAACACCAGCAAUAGUUUUGUAAAAAGCAGUUAAAGUAACAACCAAACUAGUAAAUUUAACAGUUUCAGAAUAAUGUUCCUGAGUGUGACAGAAUGAGUGGAUUUCAUCAUCUACAGUUCAUGAUAUCAUUGAAAGAUUCAGAGAAUCUAGAGAAAUCUCUGUACUAAAGGGACAAGGACCAAAACCAAGACUGGAUAGUCCUGAUCCUCAGACCCUCAGGCAGCACUGCUUUAAAAACAGACAGGACUCUGGAAAUCACUGCAUGAGCUUAAAAUCACUUAAAAAGUGAUUGUCUGUAAACACAGCUCAUCACUGCAUCCACAGAUGAGGUUAAAACUGAACUAUACAAAGAGGGUUCGCUGCUGUAUUUUCUCCUAAAAGAGUGAAGAUUUUUAGACUAAAUGAUGACAUUAUCCAGGUCAGUGGGCUAACUGCUCUGACCAGACUUGGCCGAGGCUCCAGAGUCGGCAUGAGUAUAAGUCUUUGUCACCGCUGAACGCCACGCAUUUCCUGAGUCUGAGAGCCGCCUUUCCUUUGUCAGUCACAGGCUGCAUUGUGGAGGGGGGUUGUUGGUGUCUGUUCGUAUGAGAAUCUGAGGUCUAGACUAAGCACACUGACAGACUCAGGGAAAUUAUUGUUUAAGGAAGUCACUUUGAACGCUUUGUUUCCCUCAAAGCUGAAAAGAGUUUGUUAAAUCUGACCUGAACAUGCUUGGCCCUGAUAAGACUCCACACUUCAGUGACCCUGGACUGAGAAAAGGCUGCAGCUUUGGCUCAGCUUUGACACAUAAUCAAAUAUUCCUCAAAAAUCCUUUUCAAACCCAGCAGGUGAGAAACAGAGCGAAAAAGGGCAAGCCGUCCUCAAAGUAGAGCCUCCGAAUCCUGAUACGAGGCUUUGAACUCAGUGGACAAAACCAGCUCUUGAAGUUUCCACUUCUUCUCCUGGCUAUCCCGACAGGAGGUGAAGACCAGAUGAAAGCUUUCUCACCCAUCAGGGGCUGAAUUGAAAGAGUUUUAUCGGCCUGGAAGGCAUCAGUAUUUUUGUCUGUAACUAAGCCAAUGAUGAGGGUGAAAUGUAAAGCUCUGCGCCUUUUCAUGUACUUUUACUUAAAGAGAAUCCUCAUUCUAAGCUCACCUCUCCACGGAGUUUACCUUUGAGUCCUCAAAGUAUUUCCAUAACUCAUUUGCGUCUUCUCCCCUCGAGGUGGGACAUGUUUAAUUUUCAAGAUUAGUGUUGAUUAAGGAGGCUUGCAAAAGCUUUGAGAAUAUGUCACAUUAUUAUCACCUUUUAAUACAUAAAUUACCUCAGGGGUCUGCUGAAAGAAACUUUUCCUGUGCUGCUUCCCACUCAUAAAAAUUCAGGGAUUUCUCGCCCUCACAGUGUAAUGCAGUGUUGAUUCUUUGAUAGCACAAAAAGAAUUGUAAUACAACACAGAAAUGUCUUUUUUUUCCAUGGGGCAGGAGCUGGACUGACACAGCCUCCCACUCUUCGAGUGUUGUUGUAGGUGACAGACACUCUCCUGUAUAAAGUAUCCAUGGGAGGAGAAUAGUCUGUUGUCUUUUGCAGGCGUCUCCCGCGGUGCCUGCUGGAUCGAUAGUGCAUUAGCACAAAAGGCUGCAGGCAUGUAGCUGCUGGGAGGUGUGCAGGGUGGAGGACAUGUCUGGGCGAAUACAGGCCUCUGUGAAGUGCCGGGGGAGUUACACCUCUCAAAGCACACCUCACUGGACACAACAGAAGAACCUCCAUUCCCUGUUUCUGCUUCCCAGAGGAGUGGAGGAAGGCAGGACUUCAUAGUGAUGUUCUUUAAAAUUUCAUUGAGCCGGGGAGUCAUGCAGAUAAUCCAGGAGAUGGCCUUUUUUUGUCCAGGGUUUAAAAGCACACAUAUAUUCCCACGCACAAACACCAGGCUCAGGGGUUAUGAAGAUUGAUCUGAGCCAUCGCUCUCCUGCCCUGUAAGUCCCCGCGGUCUGGCCUUUGCCUUUCAUGUCGGCCCUGGACUGUAAGAGGCAUGUUUUGGAUGACAGGAGGCCAGGACUGUCACUCAGUGCUGAUCACAGCAUUACUAAUCAGGGAUAAGCUGCAGGUCUCUACGCACCAGCAGAAACACACACUCAAAACUGUGCAUGGAUCAGAGCGCACACAGAGGCCAAGGUCACUGUGCUCUGUUGUCUCUGCAUGAUAUUUGCUCCCUGUUUCCACCCCUCUGACUCCCCCUCCCACAUGCACCUCUCUGUCUUUUAUUGCUCUCUGUCUUUCACAGCUUCCUUAUUGUCUCUGCACAGUCUUUACUCGUCUGUCCUCCUUCGCAAACUCACUCAGCCCUGACUGUGUCCACCUCAAUUAAAAAAUACGGGAAGACAGUGGUCUGAGGAAUUUACAGCCAGCAAAUAGACACAGCCCAUGACCCUCCCACACCGCAGGUCCCUCUUCCGCUUUGCUCUUUUUGUGUCCAACAGGCAAACAGGCCAGGAAUGUUGAGAGUCUUUCCCAAGCCUUUUUAUAGAGUCAGGUUAAAGAAAUGCAUACCUCACUGACACACUAGUUCUCACACCUCCACAGGGGGACAGGGCAGUAAAACCGAUGUGUGACAUGACUCAGGCAAACAAACAAAUAUUAAGUUAACCCAAGUCUGACAUUAUUGUGCUUCUCUCUCUCCUUUGUUGCCUCCAGUGGGUCCAUACAUCGGGAGGUACUGUGGGCAGAACACCCCGGGCAGGAUCAUCUCCUACACGGGCAUCCUGGCCCUGAUUAUCAACACCGACAGCGCCAUCGCUAAGGAAGGAUUUUCUGCCAACUUCACUGUCAUUGAGAGGACUGUCCCAGAGGGUGAGCUAAUGUAACACAAUGGGGGGGAAUAAAAAAUACUAAAGGAGGAACUCAUGAUCUACUUUAUCAGUUUUAACAGAGUUAAUCCUAAACUGCAACAAAAGCUAUUUCAUGAACACACCCUUUAAGUUUGGCUCCUUUGUACAGUUUGCUCUUGAGUCUUGAGUCUAACUAUGGAAAUAAGCUGUCGGCAUCUCCACUGUCUACUGUGCAGGGCUGCACCCUCAUCUUCAUCAAGCUCAAAUGUAUUUAAGCAUAGUAUUAGUUGGUUUAGUGUGAAGUUGAUUCAUAACAGAUGGUUUGCAGAUUUCACUUUUUUAAGCUCCCUGGAUUGAAUUUGCCAAAAAAAAAACAGCUUAUUCAAAUAAAGAAAAAAAAUGGUGACAGGUCCACACAGUUUCCACACAUGUGGAAAAAUAUGCCUGCUUGUGUUAAGUUUGUCCUUUGGACAGCCCUACCCUAAUUGAACUCUUGUAUUUAAAUAUGAAAUUAUGUCAAAAUAAUGUAAACAGACUUAAUGUACAGAUAUGAUAUUGGCGGGUCAGCUUGAGUGGGAAUUAUGGUCGUGAUUCCUAAAUUCGAAAAUGGCACCCAUUGCAAAUGCAGAAAACAGCAACCCUCAAAGGAUUAACACCAACUGCACAAAGCUGGUGUUGCUGGUGUUUGAGGGUACAGCAGUAACCCUCUCCAAAUGCAUAAAUUUGUUGGACGUAGGAGCCGUUCAAUCUUGCAGUGAAGCCCCUGAAAUGACAAAGCCUACCGCAGCAAAAAUAAUCCUGAACUGUCCCGUACAACAAGCUUUAUCAACAAGUGUAAGAUCAGCCCAAGUUUUAGAGGGAAAUAAGGUGUCUGCCUCUUCAAAACAGCCAGUUGAGGGUUCAGUAGAAUAUUAGCCUGAUAGCUAAACAUUAUAUCUCUGCAGAAUUAACUCAGUAAUCAAAUUCAAGGCACAGAAAUUUGGCCUCAAUGAGCUUAAAGUGUUGGUGGAAAAAGCACACAAUAACGUGACGCCAGGAGUGAUAUUAUAAAAAGUCAGGAGCAGAUGUUGUCCAAACACACGGUCUCAUUUCCACCUAUUCCCACACGUUUAACACAGUUUAGGAGUUAUUAAAUAAACACCUCCUGCUCCUUCAUUUGGUGGAUUUGUUACGGGGUGAAACUCGGCCUGCCCUCCUGUGGUUUACGAGACUUUAACACGCCGCAGAGCCGAGCUGCAAAAGGCAGUAACCACCCAGGACACACACUCACACACACACCCUGAGGGCUUUCACAUGCAGCAUCGUUGUCACAGGGCCCGACCCUCUGACCCCGUUCUGCAAUACGCUCUGACUAAACAUUUCAUUAAGGAAGACGAGCGCUGCUAGGAGUCAUAAAUCUGUCCAGAGGCCAGACCACCCCAAACCCGCACAGUCAGACAGUGAACAGAAAGGCAGAUGGAUGACAUUCAACAAAUCUACUAAUCAUCUUCAGAAAAGGGUUUGUGCUGCCCACAGGGGAGACAGACACUCAGCAGAUCCACAGAAAAACUCACAACAAUCAGAGCGAGCAGUAAUGAGUGUGGCGAGCACUGCUGAUGUCAUUUCCUUUUUUUAAAGCGGCUUUAAUCACACGACUCAGAUCAGAUUGCUCAAACAAACUCUUCACAUUCGCCACAUUAAGAGGCAUGCUGAAAUAUCUGACCUAUGAUGAGUAAAUACCUUCAUUAGCAUGAGUUACUGUGUCUUACAUCACCAACAAAGUCGUAUCUGAGAUGGAGAAAAAUCCCGAAACUUUGUCUGAGCUGCUCCAGACCUGUACCACUUAAAUCAUUCAUAAUCCCCUUAUGCAUAAUACACGCUGGAUUUUCUCGCCUCGCCAAGAGGAAGGGAACAUCCUGCUGAAAGCUGCUGAUGAGAGGUGAUAAGGUGAUGAAAGGAGGCUUUGUGUUUUGUUCUCCCUCUGUUUCUCCUGCUCUAAUUCUCUCCAAUAACUCUCCUCAGCCGUCAAGCCGACCCUCGCUAUCUUCUCGGCUAUCAGCCUGUCUUUGGUCGCUAACCCACAUCCUCAGAUAGCGUCCCGAGCAGCCGACACACACCUUUUUAACUUUUUGUUGAUCAGGAUCUUGUAAUCUAGAUAUACUGAGAACAAAAGUUUGACAAGAACGGGCAUCCAUCUCAACAUGAGAGGAGAGGUGUGAGACGGUUUCCUUAGCCCCACACUGAGAGUAUGACGCAUUCAGACGUACAGCAGCUCUGUGAGACACACACACACACACACACACACACACACACACACACACACACACACACACACACACACACACACACACACACACACACACACACACACACACACACAAAGAUACGACCACACACAAACAUACAAACACACUGACCCAGAGACUGAGGUGUGUUGGCAGGGUGGCAGAUGGAGGGACCAUCUGUGUUAGCUGGUAGGCAGCAGACUCUAAACACGUCCACACUGGCCUCACAUUGGGCCCCAUGAGAGAGUCCAUGUAUUUUGGGGCAUAUGUUUAAAGGAGACGCAUUACAGUGAUUUUUACCCAUCAUUCUGUCAGUCUGGGACACCUGUAGAGCAGCUUAGCAGGAUGAACAACCAUCAAACUCCUUGUUUAUCUCAUACUGGUGUCUGUGAAAACCCUGAUUCUGGCCUGAAACAUUUCCUUUAGCUGAAGACAGAUGAGUUCUCAGUCAUCAUGAGCACAUAGACUGUUUUCACAAUGUGGUCAUAUGAUUGCAGAUUUUCUUAAAGACACACAGGAAAGACUUUUCUGUCUAUGAUGGGGUUGUAUGUGUCUAAAUGAAGCCUCAGUUGACCCCCCUUUUGGGUCCUUAGGUCUAACAUCAUGGGUCCUGUCAUGUUGAUUUUUUAUGUAGGCAGAAGUUUCAGUGAUUUAAAGACAAAAAGUCAAAGUUUGACUUUUCAGACCUCUUUACAUGACCCGAACUCUGACCAAAAGGUCGUAUCAUUUGUUCUGGACGCUGUUUUGGCUUCGUCCUCAGUGGUGUCACUGCGUCUGACCUUUAGGGGUCACAGGGACUGGCCCCAUCCUGACCUAGCUGAGUAUUUUACCACAGAGCUGAGGACGCCCCGAAACAGUCGCCCCAUGUCAACACAAACAAGGAGCAGCUUCUGCCAUGGGUGGUUUGGUCAUUAAGUGUGAUAUAUGGUCCUAAAAUACAGAUACUAACCACACCUAAAGUCCCCCUGGAGACCAAACACGGAGAAAAAAAAACUGUGUAAAAAAGAUAAACUGCCCGGAGGGAGAGGAGGACAUGAAUCCAGCUGGAGGAAGAAAGAAGUGCAGGAGAGUCACUUUAACACCUAAUACUGGAGUAAACUUAGCCCACAUUGAAUGUUUUAUGAGGACAUUUUUACAUCUUAAUGGGAACACUUCCACCCUCCUUCCAUUAAGAAACUAAAGAGAAAGAAACAGAAAGGGUUUACUGAAGCGUCGCUGAUGUGCCGUUACUUUCCACACUGCAGCUCUGAGUGCCUGUCGUGUGCAGUCCCCUUCCCUAGAGAUCAGCUCUGCUUCUGGGGGGACAGGCCAGCAUGUUGAGGGGCGUUCAAAGCUCCGAGCUGAAUGUCUUUUUUCCUCUUUCUCUUUCUUAUCCUCACUUCUUACCUGUCCUCUCCCUUCCCUCCCAGACUUUGACUGCAGUGACCCUUUGGGGAUGGAGUCAGGAGAGAUAACAGCCGACCAAAUCAUGGCUUCGUCCCACUACAACCCCAGCUGGUCCCAGGAGCGCUCCAGACUCAACUAUUAUGAAAACGCCUGGACGCCGGCCGAGGACUCCAACAAGGAGUGGAUACAGGUAUGACCCUGCUGCUUGUGACACAGAGAGGGGAAACAAAUCCAACAAAGUCGGUUUAGGGGCCACAUUCAAGAAGCUAAAUCAGACUUAGAGAAUAAAGUUAUAAAUAUCAUAAACAUUAACUUAUCAUAUUUCAUAUUUUACUUUUAUCUUAUACAUCAACAACUUUAUUGCUGUAACACUUAUGUCUUUGCUGUUAAAGUACUCCUAAUAAAAAUGAAUGUAAUAUAAUACAUUCAAAAUGUAAUAUAAUAUAAUACAAUAAUAUUCUGUAAAAUGUGUAUUUCUGCCUUUUUUAUGAAAUACAAAGCUGUGUUUUAACUUUUUUUCUCAUAAAAAGAAACUUUUAUUUUGACCAAAAAGGUUAACAACAGCCCAAAAUUAUAACAGUUUCUCAUGACUUAAUGACUUUAGUCCUAAUUUCAGCUUCAUUCUGACCCUGAGCCUAAAAUGAUCACUUUUCCAUUUUUUCUUGUACAGUUCAGAACUUAACUACAUCUUUUUUUCCUCCAAAUGCCACAACUUCAUAUGACCAUUUCUUUCUUGUUUUUUUCUUGACUUAUUUUUUUGCAUAUUUUUGACUUACUUAAUUUGACUCUACUCUGACUUUUUCUGAUUAUAAAUUUUUUAUAUUUAUGUAUGACACUAUUACAAACUUAUUUUAUUUGGACUUUAUUCUUAUUAUAUUACAACUUUACGAAAAACUUGUUCCUCAUAAUCAUACAGAUAAAUUAGGGGAUAAUACAAAUUCAUUUUCAUGUGAUUUUUUUGUUUUAUUUAUGACUAUGUUUGUCAAAUCCAGAUAUUUUUCUUCCUUACAGUGGCUUUAACACUCUGUCAUAUGCACAGAUCAUCUUAAACCUAUAAACCAGGGUGGUAUGAACAGGUUAUCUUCUGCCUGUUGUUUGUUUUUUGGAGAUGAGUCACAGUCAGAGGGUGUUAGUUUGUUUGCUGUGUUCGAAGCCUCUCCUGUUGGCUCAGGCUCAGUUGGACUGUCUGUAUCUGUCCUUCAGUCUCUGGAGCUCCAGUGUCCCUACAAGACCAAACAAUUUAGAUUUUAAACGUCCACCGUCCUGAUAGACCUGCUGGGUGGUCUCGUCCACGCCUCACCAAAACCAUCCCUGCCUUCCUGUCCUACCUGAUAACUUUCCCUUUGCUUGAUAACAGUAGCUGCCUUCAGGGAUGCUGGGCUUUAGUCCAGGCAUUCUGCCUCGCCUCUCUCUCUCUCAUACACACACACUCACACUGGAACACACACACUCACACUGGGACACACACACACAGGCUUUGUCAUAUUUUUCUUUCUGUCAGCUUAUCUGCACGAAGUGAUCAUAGCCCACAGGGGGAACUUUAUGUGAAAAGAUUAAGCAUUUAGUUCCUAGAUGGGGAUAAGUCACAUAUCCUCAGUCCACUCACAAACCUCCCUCAGUGCCAGCACCACAGCAGCUCCACCAGCUGCAUUUGGAGCAUGUUUGAUUUAUUAACUGAAAGCCUCACGGUCUUGUAAAUGCCUCUGCUGUUUUUCUUUUUCUAUGUUUUUUCUUUUGCUUCAUUGCUGAGAAGUUUGGCCUGCAUAUACUCCUCAGGGGAUGAAUAAUCGUGUUGACCCAUAGCCAAAUAUUUGCUCAGAGAGGGCUAUAAGUGAGCUUUUCCCUUUAUAAUGUAAUGAAAAUAUGAUCCUUAGGGACACUGUUGCUCCUUCAGACUAAUUUAAUCAGAGUGUGGUUUGAGAACGAUCUGCAAUGACUGUGAGUGUUGAGCUGUGUCGUCCUGACUUUAGGGGUUAGAGGCAGGCUGAGGAGGUCCUAACUGUCCUGCUGUUGUAAUGUUGCCCCCAGCUUGUGACUCUGAGCUUCAUGAAGGUCUUUCUGGAUGAAGAGCUUCUGGUUUCAGGUUGUAGGUUGAGACUUCAAUGCAGCUCAUACCGAUCUUUGUGUUCAAAAAGAGUCCUCUGUGAAGGGGUGAUCACUAACAGCUACCAUGUUGUCUUGAAAACAUCCAAACUUCUUACUAUGUUCUGGAGCCUUCGUCUCUGAGGGGAGAAAACAGCUGAAAGUGUCCUUAAAAAAGACUUUACAUGACCUGUAAAGUCCAGAUCAGGGUCACAGGUCCUCCUAAAAGUGGUGUAGUAAUGACACACUACAGCACAAACAUAUAACCUCUAAAAACAGUACUUUCCUGACAUUCUCUCAGCUCUGCAUGGACUCCCCAGGAUGAAGCAGUCAUUACUCAUCCCUUUACAUGUGUGUCUUUUGUCAGCGGAAAUUACAAGUGAUCACAAUGAUUUGUUGCCACUUGAGAGUGCGCCUGCCUCAGUAUUGAUCAUAUUGAAGAUUUGAUUUAGCAGUAUAAUUUGGAUGUGCUCUAAUGGCUUUGCUGUUUUCCCAAUACUAAUCAGAUCCAAACAUUGAAUGGUGCUCCUCUGAUUUGUAAUUUCAAACCAGCUGAAGGGGCGAAGUCUGCGGCUGCCUCAUAAUUUAUGUUUUCUGAGGAGUGCGAUGCUCUUGUGCCGAGCACUCUGAGCAGAAGGCCAAUUAUCACAAGUGGUAUUAAAGAGGAGAAUUCUUCAUUUCUCUUUCAUUAAGCUUGUCCAUGCUGCAGCAACAAGCUCGGGCCCCCUCGCGGCACGUACAAAUCAUCUCAGUGUGCCGUCAGAUGCAUAGUAAUCAAUUCAUUAUAUAUUUCAUUUCUGCAGUUGGAGGCAGACGGUUUUAUUAUUCAUGACAGCCGGCCUUUUGAUUCCUGGGUUUUUUUCCUUUGCUCUGCUUUCCUUCGUUUUUUUGCAAAACAUAAUCCAGAUUUGUCAUCCAUUUUAAUUCGGCCUGGUUCUGAUGUAUGCAGAGGGAGGAGGGCAAGAUGCUGGGCUGUGUGUUCUUCUCUGGGUAAUUAGAUUGGUGUGGUGUGGUUCAGCGUUGAGUGCAGGGUUAGCCAGGCCAUUAAUCAGCCCUUUGGUGCACACAGAGAUGGACAGAUGUCCUCUGAGGGGGUUUUGGCAUGAUGAGAGAAGAAAGAAAGUGGCAAUAAUCCUUCAAAACAGGCUUUCAUUUCAUUUUUUACAUAUCCUGUCCAAGUCUUUAUUCUCCUCUCUUCUUCUCAUUUUCCUCUUGAAGCUCAGAUCUUCAGAUCUACAUCAAGGUAGAUGGAGAUUUCUUCAUAUCAUCAGCUUGUAUGAGUCCUUAAAACAGCAGGGGUCUCUGCAGAGGGUUGCAGAAAAGAUGAAUAAGGAUAGCCAUUGCAUGAGACUCUGAACAGUUUAGAGGAUUGAGCUUUGGCUUUUGCUGCUGCUGCUCUCUCUGCCUUGGCAUUUCAUAUAUGCUCAUGAUACAGAGAGGUGCUCUCCCAGCCUUUGGCUGUUGCGGUCCUUAUGUGUAUGUGAUGAGGCAGGGAGCUCUCAGAACAGCGUACCACCAGCAAAUAUAUCAGCGCAGACAGAAGUGAUCCUGAAUGAACCGAGGUUAGCUGCAUUUAAAAGUUGCAAAGGCAUGACAAUAAUAUUCACAUACUGAGUAAGAAAACAUUGACUAUAAACAAUGAGUUGAAUGAUUUCCUAAUUUAUCCCAAUAUAUGAAGGUGUGUGCUCAUCCUACUAUAUGAUUUUCAAUUAAUUGUCCAGCCCUCAGAAAGAGUAAUGAGAAAAUCUAACAAAAGCAGAACUGGGAAAUGAAGAAGUUGACUCAAAAUCUAACAUUUUUGUUCAAAUCUGUUUAAAUCUGGCUGUGGUAGUUUUACCACAGUAUCUCAGUAAAGCUGUAACAGUGAGCCUGGACUUCUGCUGGCUGCUACCAUUGAUCACAGAUACACACAACAUGAAUAAUUUACUUAGUCUUGGAUGGAACCCAACUGUCAAUACCUGAAAGCCUCUUUAUUGAGUAUCAUAAUGGGAAUAUACAGUACAUGUUAUUCUAUACACUCCUUUUUUAUCCUUAUGGGCCGGAGUGGAUUUGGCUCUUCAUAUCUAUAAUUCAGCAUUAUUGGCUCCUGCUGUUAUCUUCAAUCUUCUUGCCAGGAAACAUUAUCUCUGAUUACUUCAUUGGUAUUUAUGUAUUUAUCAGCCUCUAUAUGAGUCUGAUUAGCUAAACUGUCUAAUCACACAGAGGGAUAGAUGGUCCCUUUACUCUCAUCAUGACAGAAAUGCUUUAAUCAAGCCUGUCUGAUGGAUAUGGGCUCUAAACAUGAGGAUCACAUCAGUGUUUGUUUACACGGUAUUUUUCUUUAUCUCCACUUUCUGAUGCUAAUCUCAGGGCCAAGUCUGUUAUUUGCUGAGGAACUUGUCACGGGUUUCCAUGGAAGUUAAAACCUUGUCAAUCCAAAGCAAACAGCACUGUGAAACACGGAGCACUUAGCAAAGAUAACAGGUUGGGUUUUACCCACCAAAAGACCAGUAAUUGCACACUUCCUCGAUGUAAACACUGUUCUGGCCACCGCACUGUUUAUCUUCUCUGCAGCCUGGAGAGCAGAGACCAACACUAAUGCUAAACAAGCACACUCCGCUGUAUCCUGUUUCCCUUUUCAUCCAAAUGUGCUUUCAAUUAGCUCAGGUCAGCAGGGUGUAGAAAUGCCCCCUUCAUCGCUAUUGUCUCUCUCCUCACUCCUGUCCCUGUUCCAGGGCGUGCCGCUGUGCAGAGCGUUGAGUAAUUAAAAUACGGACCGGUAAUUAACAGCAGCUUCUCAGUUUAUGAAGUCUAGUGGAAAGCAGAAAGGAGCGUAGGCUGGCAUGUGGCCGCCAGUGAGAUCAUCACCAUGUCAUACAAAUGGAGACAAUGGACGCCGCCUGAGCCUCGCUGCUCCAAGCCUGCGUGUAAAUUGGAAAAUCAAUGAGAGGAUAGAGACCUGCACUCCUGUGAAGUCACCUUAAAGUGGGACUAAAAUCAAACGUGAAGUGAGGAGUGAUGCAACGACAUGAAACAGGGUUGCAUAAGAACCCAGAGACAAAAACUCAGCCCAGGACUAAUCAGAGUCAUUUUCAGAGGCUGAGCCCAGCACAGGAAGCAUUCUGAGAGAGAGUCACCACAGGGUCAUCACAGCUGUGCAUCUUCAGACUGGAUCAUCAAGCUGCUUCCAGACAUGACAAACCUUCAAGUCAGCCUCCUGAUCACCGUCUCAGUUUUAUAAUAGUUACUCACAGCCUGACAGAGGGUUAGUCAUGUGUGCUGCAAGUUUGGGAAUGACCCUGGAGUCAGUGUCUGAGGAUGACUCAGGAGGAAGAGGAAACUACAAACAUGAUUGUUAAAUACUUCCUCGAACAGCUGAAGCAUCCAGUCAUGCAACUCAACAAACCCUAACGCAAGCACAAAACACAUCAGACAUCUUUUUAUUCUGCUUAAACCAGUACGUCCUCCCUCAGCCAGGAAACAGAUGAUGGCCACAUGGGGAACCAUGCAUAAUUUAAUAUUGCCAAAAAGGUGUCGGAGGCUAAAAAUAAACUCUGUCAGGUGAAUAUUGUGAUGAAUGGAAGGUCGUGAGUGGAGCUCACAGGUCCUGCAGCAUUUCAGUGAUGCAGUUUUCACCAAAGGAGAAUUAAUUACACUUUCAGGUAAUGGAGCUUUUCCAGCAACACUUCAGUUUCCAGGAGACUGCAGGGGAAACUGGAGGACAGAUAACUGAGAGCUGGUGAAGAAAUCAGUCUCUAAAAACAGAUAUCUGAAUGUGUAUACAGGCACAGAGUUUGGAGAGAUUUUAGUUUAUUUUGAAAGUAGUGCUGGCUAAGAGUUAUGAACAGGCUUUGGUUGGAUGCAGGACAAAUGUCCUAAAGGAGCAAAAUAGGAAGAACAUAUUUGCUAAAAUGUAGUUUGGCUCACAGAUUGCGGAGCUGGCUCUAAGUUCAAAUUCAGCCUUGGCUGUUUGAUGGAGGGACUCCUGCCUGUUCUGCAGAGCCAAUAUGAGCUACACCUAGGUCUAGCUAAGUAGAAGCCUGUAGUUUGAUCAGGUGUUUAAUUCAUCUCUUUAAAAUAAGCAGAGCUCAACAUUGCCAUUCAAUUUAAAACCUGUUCAAGUCUGAUGGUCCGAAUCAUGAAGAUCUACAAAGACUCUAUGAUCAUGCUCAAGUUGUUAAUGAUCUAUCUUACUAUUUCACAACAGGGUUUAGAUCCCUCCUCUUCCUCAGGUAAACUACUUCUGCUUUGAUGCCUACAGAAAUGAGAAUUCAGGCUCUUUCUACUAAUCCAGAUUGUUCGGCUCAGCAAAGAUGUUACUGUCCAGGAACUAUCAAACCUAAAUUUAUUAAAAAUAUCAUCCCUGGACCAGAAAUAGAUGAUCUCUAUGGUACAAGAGCUGGAUUAUUCAUGACCAACACAUCACUGUAAGAUCUCUACCUCAGUGUAGAUACUGUCUGCUGCCACAGUGCAGUGAAUCUGAAUUUGACUUAAGUUCAAGAUUUUUAAAGUAACAUCCUAAUUAAAAAUGUACAAAAAAGUAAGUGAUCUGCCCACAUACCUGGUGGAUGUUUACGGCCCUAAGCUUGUGCAUAAUCAAGAAUAUAUACUGCCAUGCUCACGACACAGCAGGAGGCUAUGAAAAGGCCUCUUUUGCAGCAUGAUCACGAGACAGCAGCCAGGCACUACAGUCUUUUUAUGGGCAGAAAUUCAACAGGAGCCAAAACCAGCAACCUCAGACACUAACGACUAACUAACACUAACUACAAGAGAAUUAAAGAUGUUCAUGCAACACGUUAAUGUGGUCGUAUGGUUCUGUUCUGAGAGCUUCCUGCCCUUGAGCAGAGCAUACAUCCCCUCUGUUUUAUGUGCAUACGUGAAAAGCCAAUUGGAGGUGUAGAAAGCAAUCAACUUGGUCUUUAGCUGAUAUGGACGGGUAGUAAGAUCAGCUGAUGCACUGUGGGCAGAGCUUGGAUUCAAGGCCUGCCUGAUCAAUCUAACAAUCUAUGUUCAGUAUUAUUACUUAAACAAACCAUAACAGUAAAUGUCUACUUUCAGAACGGUGGUCUAAAUCUUUGAAUCUGUUCGAUGGGGAACAGUAGUUUAAGGCUGUCUUCCUGAGUCUGUACCACCCUCUGAGACCUAUAAAGAGUUCUCAUACUUUGUUUCCAGGACCUGGAUCUGUGUGCAGAUUUAGCUGCUGCUCUCUGACUUUUGAACACAGAGCAGCACUCCCUCCUUUGUCACCCUUGGCAUUUCUCAUGUUGUUGUUUUUUUGGUGAGGGAAAACGAAUAAACCCACUCUCCAGAGGCCUCAGCUAUUCACUCCGCAGCCCACAUAUCCACAAACACAAACACACACACACACAUAUAUAUAUAUGGGAAGCUAUUUUUCCCCCUUCUGUCAGAGGAAGCAGAGAAAUGGAUUUAAAGAAAGUAUUUGGUAAAGUUCUCCCAGAGUACGAAUUGCUGCAUACAACUUCUUGGCAACUCAAUUAUAAGCCAAUCAAGCAGUGAGAGAUAAAGCUUUUGAGCCUCUGCUGUUUCUUCAGCCCUCCCUCUUCCUCCUCCUUCUCCUCCUCAUCCCUUAGUCUUAAAAACCAUGUCUCCUCCUCCUCUCACCCGCACAACAAUGAACAGCCUCGAACACAUAUCAUGUGGCCGUGCUGCACACUGGAGUCAUAGCGCCGAGACAAUACGCAGAGUAUCGGGUAGGGCCAAUGAUCACGCCCGCAGCUGCCACCGCAGUUCAAGGAUAAUUGGAAAAUUAUCUCUUCAAACUUGUACAAACAGCCAUAAAUACAUAAAUUCACUGUCUGCCUGUCAUUUAUUCCCACAGUAUCACACACGCCUCAUUCAGAUUCCUGAUGUGGAUUUGGGUUGUUGAUCUAAUUGCAUGCACACCAGGCUUUAACUGGCUGAUGUUACAAGCCCGAGCACGACUAAUUCUUUUUCUGCCUCUCUGGUUUCAUUAGUCUGUGAGACGACUGGAGCCUGUAGGCUCACUGUUGUGAGGAAAAGAGGGGUUUGAGUCAUCAGUUUGCUUCACAACAGGAAGGUAGAGCACACCCAGAACAGUCAAACAUGAUUUGGAAGAGGAAAAAACUUCAGGGAGGCCAGGACACGGAGCACUCGGGAAGUUAUUGUGAAGGGGUUUGCAGGAACAAUUGCAAGGUAAAUCAUGAGAGCAAAUUUAACCCAGUCUGACCACACUGAUUGAACCUAACUUUAAGUCGUAGAUUAUUAUUAAUAACUUAAAGGAAGGCCAAGCAACAAGGGUGCAGCUUUCAGGUUUAUUUGGUGCCUUCAGAUCACUCUUUUUUAACCUGAAAGAUUGUAGCUCAACAAGAACCAAAUUUGAAUCUUUUUAUACACCCAGUCAUGCAGUUUCAGAAGCUCAGAAAUAGAGCCUGCCAUUAAAAUCAGCUUUUAAAAGUUUUAAGGUGGUUUAUUUUUCUGGUUCUCGGCCCUGCUCCCAAACAUUUCUGAAGUCUCUCACUGCCUAAAGUCUCCCCUGUCAGAAGAGGAUAACUGCUGAGAGGCAGGACAUGCUAUCAAAUGCAUGUCACAUGUUAACAAAAUGAUUGCUGGAGAAGCAAUGCCGAAAUGACCGUUUUUGCAUUUACUCCAUUGUUUCAUGCAUAUAGACAGAUGUGGAGACAUCUCAGCUGUUUUUGUCUUGAAAAUUGUCUGAAGAUUAUUUAUUUGCAUUUAAAUGCAAAUGUGAAAACAGCUGCAGACCUGCGUUUUUAAAAAUCUGCUUCAGCUAACAAAGCAAGCAAUGGUUUCAUUUACACAAUGAGCUCAAGUUUAAGCCUGACCUGAUUUAGAGACGCCUCUUACUCUCUGCAACAACCCUGAAACCCUGAAACAACGCAAUAUUGGUGUCCCAGUUUGUGAUCACACAUCCCAAUAUACAGUGUGCUCUUACAUACAGGGGUGGUUUAAUAGGCAUGCAAAAACUAGACAAUCAUUCAACUUAAUUAUACUGAAUAAAAUAAUCUCAGUCAGAUUAUGUUUUCAUCCCUGCAUUAAACAAAAGGCUAAAGUAAAGACAGUCACAUUGAUAACAGCCGACUAAAGACGAACAGAUCAGACUAGUCAAAGAUAAGGUGAAGCCAGGCUGGUCUGUCUCCUCCAUGUAAAGCUGUUUGAACAAUAAUGCACUAAAGCUCCGUACACACACACACACACACACACACACACACACACACACACACACACACACACACACACACACACACAUACAUAUAUAUAUAUAUAUACUGUAUAUAUCAGCCCACCAUCACUUUAUGGAAGAAUCCAGAGGAGUCUGGGUGAUUUCAUACUCAGCCUGUCAUCUUUACAUCCCUGAGCGUGUGUGUGUGUGUGUGUGUGUGUGUGUGUGUGUGUGUGUGUGUGUGUGUGUGUGUGUGUGUGUGUGUGUGUGUGUGUGUGUGUGUGUGUGUGUGUGUGUUGAUCCUGAUAUGAGUUACUGUGCCAGCCUGGUACAGUGUCUUUCCUCUGUACAUGGCUUCAGUCCAAACAGACUCAGACUUUAUUCUGAGAUCAGCAGAGUCUCCAAAUGCUGCACGUCCAUGCUGAUAGCAGAUUAUGAGUCAUCAUUCACACCUAUCAGCGCAGUGACUCCAUCAACCAUUAGACAUGAUUCAGCCUUUUACGGCUUGAUGACGAAGAGUUUAUCAUCUGAGAGAGAUUUAUUUAUCCAGGAUCCUCUCUGCUGUUUGUUGGUUUAUGUAUUUGGGUCAGUUGGUGCAGUCUGUGGCUCUGGGCUAAAAAGAGUCCCAGUAGGAAUCAUUAUCUGGGCCUGUUUGUUUUCACUGUGGUGUGGGAAGGACUUUGGGUUACAUCCAGGCAUCCUGGUCAACCCGGGAAACCUCGGUCUCUACCUCCAACAAGAAGCCAUUAAUAAAUCAUGUUCUGCUCAUUACCCAGGCUCUGUUAUCUCAUCUUCACUUGAGACCCUUCGUUUCUGUCCUUCACAUCCUCUGAGGCAUCACUGUCAGCAGCGUGCUCCCUCUCCUCUUCACUUCCUCUUCAUCUUUCCUCCUGCUUCCCUCCAUCAUUCUGUUUCAUCCAGUCAAAGUCAACCCUGAUGCCACUACUGGACCAAUGUUACAUUUAUUCCGUGUCAUUAAACUUGAGUUUUUGUGCCAAACCUUUCCAAAAUUCCAAUAAUUCUCUCUACCUCUUAGUUUUUUUUUACUUUAAAACUACUGAACCACAAACUAAUGAAAGUACGUUCAACUCUCUGCUCUUUAAAACUGGGCACCACACCCAUGGUGGCAGAGCACCCCUAAAGAAAUAGCUACCCCUUAAAUAAAAACUUUCAUUUACAAAAAAGAACUUUCCAGUCAGCAUGGCGUUUUGAUUAAAGCCGUAUAUCAGUCCAUUUGUCUUCAAACCGCCCGCUUUUCUCCACGCUCAGGUUCAGAGAUUGGGAGUCUGAGCGCUCAUGAGUGUUCCCAAUUAGCACCAGCACUCAUUUCAUUCCCAGAGGCUCCUCUUCUUCUUCUCCAUUACACCUAAUGAGAUCAUUCCACAGAAAACAUCCCAAGGCCAAGUCUCCCUAUUAGACCUUUUUUAGCCUUUUCAGUAAGCUGCAGAGCUAUUGGUGCAGAUUGGAUAGAGUGUGACUGGCCAUUUGAGCACAGACCACGAAGACCCAGCUCAGUUUUCUCAAGUGACUUUGCAUGAAGUACUUGUCAGUAGUUAAGCAUGUUACCCACAGGGAAACCCGGUCAGCUCUGCCUCUUUGUUUAGGAACCACGAGGGAAGCUAGACCAUGAGCCUCUGCAGACUGUAUCAGCUCCACCAUGUUAUGAAGAUCCUUUUGACAAACUCCAAUUAAGGACCGAGUUUAUUUGUCAGAAUACAUUUGAGGACAGUGGAGCCAUCUUUUUCUCUUGGAUUAUUAUUCUUGAGUUUAGUUCAAGCAGUCACAUUAGGCUCAGCCCAAAGUACAUCAUACAGGUCUAGACAAUGACCUUCUACCAGCAAGUGUCGUAUGAACUGUCAAGGAUCCUGCUCUGCUCCUGGGUCUUUGCUGAUGCUGUCCCUGCCAUGGCUUUUCAUCAGCCAGUCUUCAUUUGUGUAGUGGCAAUUCACAACAAAUGUAUCUCCAGACACAAUAAAAAAAGCUUGUCUAGACCACACUCUUCAUGGGAUUUAUAAAGACCAGUAUCUGGGAGGUGGGCUCUCCCCGGUCUCCAAGUACACAUGAUUGAAAGGCAGGGAGCUCUCAGAACAGAGCCGUACCACCAAACGUAUCUUUAAGAUGAUCUUUAUGAUGACAGUGGUCCUCACUGUAAGUACUGUAUUAUUGUUUUGUAUACACCAUCAGUGCCUAAAAGAGAACAAAACAACUUAUGGUCAAAUCCACUCACUUUGUAUGAGAGACUUCGGGGGAGAGACUCUGUUUCUAGAGAGUCUUUAGGAGCUGCUCAAUCCCACAAAGAAGUUCAGAGAAUUUUAAGACUGUCCGAGUCAAAUCCCUCCAAACAUGGAUAAUCUGUGAUGGUUUAUGGUUCAGUUUUAGAGAAACUGUUGUGUUGUGAUCAGACUAUGUCAGAUGGAGGCUGACAUCUUGUUUUGGUCAGAGGCUGGAUCAGUGAUUAGCUGACCCCGAGAAGUCCAAUGCAAAGGCACAGACAGCCUGCAUAGUUGAGUUUGUUAAAAUGAUCUAAAUGAUGCAGUAAAGCUGACCUCGUCUGCAGAAGGUGAUAGUCUAGUUCCUGUUCUGGUUCGGGCCCAGCUGACUGAGAUCCCCUGUGGGUAGUUCACUCAUGCAGUCGCACUGCAGAAAAAUGUGAACUUUCCCUUUAUUAGUUUCAUGCACAGUCGUCUCCACCUGCCAUCCAUCCACUGUGCUGUCCUGAUCACAUAUACAUCCAUUUCCCUAGAAAAAGGACUUCAGCUCCUGCCUUAUUAAAAAGGAACCAACUUGAACUGAAGGAUUGGAGUUUGUCUCUGUUUUUAAAGAAAGGGAAUGAGCCUCUAAACCGAUGGACAGGAACAAAGUAUCCUGUUCCAGUAUUUGACUUUUUGUUAACCUCCAUCCAUCCAAAUCCUCAGAGCUGCAAAGAGAGAGAGAAAGAGAAGAUGACAUGCAGCAUAAAGAAGUGUCAUUUAUUGCUCCCAUCUGUUUGUGUCUUUUCACUUGCAGAGGAGAAUUUGAGGAGCAGGAAUGACCGGCGUUUCAUGGCGUGCAGAUGUUCCUUUGCUGCUCUCUGCUAUGAGUCAUUAAACAUGUUGCAGAGCUGUAUGUGCGGCUGGCAGAGGAAGCUAGCUGGCACUGACUGUACGCUUUUAACAUACUGGAGGAGCUCUGUGGAGAUUUUUGGAAGCAGAUCACGCUGGCUUAGAUUUUCUAAAGUAUGUGCAUGCUCCUGCGUCUGUCUGCUCAGUCUCACAUGGAGGAUUUCACUGGUGUCGCUCUUUCUUACAAACCCUUGCACAUGCACAUACCCAUGAUCUCCUGCGCUGAUUCAGUAAUCUACUCAAGACUCUGGUCACCAUCCAUCAGAGCCGAGCCCAUCCCAUGUCAACAUCAAACGUCUCAUCUUGAUCUGCAAAUGCGUCCCACCAACGCCCCGGCUUCUUGCAACGCUCCUGUGCCUCAGUGGCGUCUGCACGCAACACCAUUACUCCUGAUUAACGUCAGCUCAGCCUGUCAGAGACGGUGUUAACGCUUGUUAAAAUUAAGCACGCUACCUCAUACACGGAGGAGUUUUCAUUCCUCUAAAAGCCUUCAGAUUCACACUGCACUCACUCCUUCCUCUGUUAUGGAUGACGGGAUGGGAGGAGGGGUUAAACAGCAAGCACAGAGGUCGAGGACAGACAAUUUGUUAUCACUGCUGGCCGAAAAAAUCCGCGUUUAACCCAGAAAUAAGAGCUGACCUCACCUCCAGGCUCUGAGUUAGACUUUUAGAGUGAUGGAGGAGAUUUUACAAGCUCAAGCCAUCGAUCAACUUGUAUUUGCACAUUCAGGACAUGAAAUUUCAUGUCUGACAGUAAAAACUCAGUGUUGUUGAAACUAUAUGAAAAUGUAUGGGUGAUAAAGCAUCAAAAUAUUGUCAAUACAGAGCUUCAGUACAAAGAAACACAGCAUAGAUCUGCAUAUGAACACAUAAACAGACCUAACAUUUCUCAAUUUAUCAGGAAGAUUGAACAUUCAGCUCAGUUUAUUAUUACUCCUCAUAAACUUUCUUCAUUCAAACUGUACUAAAUUACAGGCAUUAGUUACCCAGAAGGCCUUUCUCCAAAAACAACUUAGAGUUGCAGCUCCUGGAUGGAGUUUGAGGUUAUUUUUUAAGAGACCAGAGAAAACUUCUGCUCUUCUCUCUUGCAGCCCUGAAGUUAGCGUAAUCAAGAAGCUGUUUGAAACACAGAAGCUGCAGGGUGACGUGUUCAAGUCUGUUUGAGAGCAUUUGACUGCCCCUGGUUGUGGACAUUAAUGAUGGUUUGCAGACAGAAACAGCUCCAUCUGUGUGCAGGAUCAGUUCUUUGUGCAAACUCUUUGAAACAUUUACAUGCAACUACAAAACAGAUGCAUGCUAAGACCCUUGUUUACGCUAACCCCACCCCCUCUGGCAGUCUCCCCGGGAACAUCGUACAGCCCCGCAGUAGUGCUCUGCAGUUGAUGAUUACUGCAUAAAACCCUGCAUAUUUUAAAAGGUACAAUAUUUGAUAUUCAGUCAGUCUCCCCCUCUCCUCCUGGCCAGUUUUGAUAAUGUGAUUGCAGACCCCGCUCUAUUCAGUAUUCACUUUUAGCCAAUAAGCUCUUGUCUCCCAUCUCAGGAAAUUAAGUUGUCAUCCUGUGUCUAUUUCAUUAAUGUGAAUAUCGUUUCAUUGCUGUUUAUUAAAUUCCAGGUAGCAGUGUGAUGAGACUGCAGCCAGAGGUGAAUCUAAUGGCUGGUUAUAUUUUUUACUCUCAAUCUUGUCAGUGUAUUAUUAAUCCAGGCCCAGCAAUGAAAGCCCUUUUUACAGAAACUAUUCAUCUGAACAGACACUUUAUUCCAGCCUGUUCAUACGUAUUCUGCUAAAUACUCUUGUCAUUCCUGCAGUUCUGCUUUUAAAUCAUUUUAAGCAGCUUUUUUUCCUCACGUCUUUCUUCUCUCCUUGCUUUACCCUCCUCAGGUCGACCUCGGCUUCUUGCGGUUUGUCUCAGCAAUCGGCACGCAGGGCGCCAUUUCCCAGGAGACCAGUAGGAUUUACUUUGUCAAGUCCUACAAAGUGGAUGUCAGCUCUAACGGAGAGGACUGGAUCACUUUGAAGGAAGGCUCCAAACAAAAGGUAGGAGACUCUUUUCUUUCUGUUUUAGGUGAGAAGAUCGUAUUUUGAGAAUAACAUGCAUUCAGUGGCCAGAUGAUCUUUAAUUGUACUUUUAAAAUACUUAAAACUAAUAAAUGAUCCAGUCUUGUUGACGCUUUAGCUCAGACUGGGAUCAGGGAGAAAAACUUUAAAAGCACUUUAGUCAAAGACAGAGCAAGUUCAAGCAGUGACAUCUAGGUCUUAUAGAGAACAGACAGACAGACCUUCCCUUCUUCUGAAACACAGAGAUAUUUGUAAAAACCAGACCAGAGACAAAUCACUGUGCAGGAUGGGAAACUGAGUCCAAUUUUUUUCCACCCCCUGCAACAGCAAACAUUCUCAAACUCCUUGUUCACUAAAAAAAUGUUAGCAUAAACUAUAAUUUAAAAACUGAUUCAUUUAACAGUAAUGCAAAUAUCAACAGUAUGGUUGUUUCUUUCUUUUCACCAAAUCUAUCCUGCAAACAUGAAGCUCUGAGGACUUUCUCCAUGUGUUUGCUCCUUAAGACCACUUGAUAAUGAAAAUAGAAAAUAGUUUAUUUUUUCCAGAAACAGUCAUAACCCCCCGCCCCUUUUCACCACUCAUGCACUACACUUGGAAUAUCCCAUCUCAGGAAAGCAGCCAUCUGACUUGAAUUGUGGUCUCUGCCUUUGAGCUCAACAAAAGGGGGAAUACCCGACUCCAUGCGCUCUUAGUCUCCUUCACCCAACAUAUAAUUAUACACUUUACUCGGCAUGAUAGUAAACCCACCGUCUAUGCUGGUGCAUGAUAUUUCCAGCUCAGGCUUUAGUGCUACUUCAUCACAGCAGUCGCCACAGGGAGGAUUAUGUAAGGAAUGCAGCUUCUGUUUUAUGUCAGGACCCGUCAAGAUGUCGUAAAAGAAGCGAGGAUGACAAAGGACUUGACAAACAGGAGUUAAAGGGGAUAUUGAUAGAAAGAAAGAGGAGAGGCUGUCAUGUUUGAGCAGCUGGUGAAGGGAGAGGAGGAAAAAAGGGAAGGAGGGAUGGCAUGCUUGACCGGAGCGUGACAGGCUGUGACCAUUGAUUGCUGAUCAGCCUGUCAAACAGAGCAGGUUUUGUCCAUCUGGAGGCAAACACACUCCCUGCUGUGUGUGUUCGGAGGGUCAGAGAGGCAUGAGUGUGUGUGACAGAUCAGUGUGUGUGAUGUGUAAAUACCACAAGGCUUCUUUUUGAGGUCUGAGAGUAGCUAAAAACUUCUGAACAGCAGCGGCAAACAUCAUGUUUGUGCUGCAGUGUACACAAGCCCGAGGGUCUGAUUAUUUCAUGCUCUCUCUAAAGUACACAGCCCUCUCUGUAAAGUGGGAGUGUAAAGGUGCCGUGGUGAGCUCGGCCUGUGUUUUUCCAUGAUCUAAAGUGCUUUUGUGCAGAGGGGCACCAUUUGCUACAUGCUGAGUUUGCAGCUUUGCAUGAGUGCAGCCACUUUACAGUCGGUGAGAGGAGAGGAGACAUUUUUAGAGUGUAUGGUGGCGUUGUGACACAGCUGACAGGUAUUGCUCAGGGACUAAUGCUCCAGCCUCCUCCUUUUUUAGUAGCUUUUAUCCCUCUAUCUCUCUGUCCAUCCUGCUCUUCUCUGCUCCGUCAGGGAGGUCAAGAGGUCACACGGUCACUGGUGUGAUUCAAUUACCCAGAAUGAACUGCAGCGGACUGUAGGGAGUUGUUUUGCUGGGUGGCCAGCCUCCUCGAGCGGUGCUAGAAAAGUGUCAACACUUCCCGAGGGGAACAGAGUCAUCUCUGACCUUUAAACAAGACAGUGCAGUAAAAGCUAUCCACCAAAUGUAGAGCUGGAGGACAGACAGAGGACAUCUUGAGUCAAUCUGGUCCAGUCAGUGUUACACAAACCGCCUCAGGUUUCACGGUCACGGUUCACAACCCAUUGGUGCUGCGGCAUGUGGAGGAAGAGGAAGUGUUGGGGUUAUUUCAGGGGUGAGAGGGAAAUCUGUGAAACUACCUCAUUUAGAAACACUGGACAGAGUGAGACCAGGUGUCUGAUGGUGACACAUUAAAAUAAAAAAAAAGACUACAACAAAGUAAUUUAAAAUGAGACCAUUGAGAAGAAUGUUCCUUUUAUAAGAUAGGUUAAGAUAAGUAUACAUGCACUACGUUCUUGGUGUGAAAACAGAUAGAUUAAACAUGAAAAACCAUGAGUAGGAGUUUGAAAAUAUCAGGAUAUCCAGAAAAAUCCAUCAUCAAGCAUUCUUAAAUGUUCCUCUCGUCACAAAGAGUUAGAGUUCAGGUCUUGAGGACACCAGUAUCAGACAGUUCAGACCGGACUUUUCUUCUCUGUCCUCUCAGCUUUUGGGUCCCUGCCAGGCUACAGAGGUCUGAAAGUUAUGAAAGUGCUUAACAGUAAUUGAUUUAUGCUCUUUUAUGCAAAGUGCAUGACUCUAAUCGAUCUAGAUGACACAGAAGCAUUAGUCUGAUCUUUAGCAUGAUUGAUCAAUAAACUCUUUCUUCAGUUGUGUUUCUGCACUUGAAAAAAAUCACUCCUUUAUUAUUCCUAGCAUCUAAAUCGUAUUAAACCUGCAUUUCUCCGCCUCACUCGCUGUUUCUUGAUUCAAAGCAGUCGAGGCCUUGGAGCCCUUUCUUCUCUGCUUUUACACUCAACACUUUCUAUCAAUAAUUUACCUUUCUCCCUCUCUUUAUCGCAGGUUUUCCAAGGCAACACCAAUCCAACAGACGUUACCAAGACGAAGCUGCCCAAACCCACUCUGACGCGCUUUGUCCGAAUCCGUCCUGUUUCCUGGGAAACAGGCAUUGCGCUUCGUUUUGAGGUGUACGGAUGUAAGAUAUCAGGUCAGUAUAGUGCACAGCUCCUUCUAUACAUGCACACACGGAGCUUAGCUGUAUUUGAUUUUAGUCCAGAUAAACACUGUUUCAUAGGCUUUCAUGGGAGGAUUCUGCACUUAUCCCAGAGACGGUGCAGUUCCCUCCUUGUUGCAUCACACACUCAGGUGUUGCACAACCCCUUCCUCUCUUCAGGUGUGAAAUGAAGCUCUAUUUCUGAGGGUCGUCCUCCAAGGCUAAAGCAUAGUGCUGCAUUAUAGAGGAGGGGUCCACAAAGAAGGAUUAUCUAUUUAUGGUACCCCACAUUUAGAUCCUCCUCAUUCAGUAUAGAUGCCGCCAACAGCUGGCAGCUGGUCCCAGUCUAUACUGUCCCAGUCCUCCCAGUAAUCAGGCCUCAGCGCUCUGCUUUUGGCAAAGCUCUUCUAAUCUUUGCUUUUUGUUGAUCUUGUUUUAAUGAGAGGUUAAAGUGUUUGUGUGUGUAAGAGAGCAUGGCUGGCUUUCAUAUGCACAUCUGUUUGCAUCUCUGUGGGGUUAUGGGGAUGUGAGAUGAAUCUUAAUCAGCACUCACUCAUAUGUUUUGUUUCUUUUAUACUAGAAAAAUAAGUCGAAUUGUUUCAUGUCAGGGUUGUUAGUUUGGGGUUAAAGUUCAGAUUAGUUAGAAACCGCCAAAUGUGUUUCAAAGUGCCAGUUUGGGUCCACAUGUGCUGCUCAGCAUGUAAUAGUCAGGCACAGAUCUGUGGGUGCAGCAGGGUUACAGCUGGGGCGUAUGUUCCAGGCACACGACCAGAGCAUAAACACAUCACAGGAUCCAAGUCACCACUGGGCCUCUGAACGAACGUCAUCACCCCCGGGUGCUCUGGAGGCACCGCCAGAUCCUCGCCGUGUUAGCAGAGAUGUUACAGAGAGAGAGAGAGAGACAGAGAGGCUCAUGGGGGCUGCACAAACCCAGUGACUCACUCUGCUCGACUUUCCCUCACAGCACAACUUUACUGAAAACUUUAGAUAAAAGAAAGACGGAGGCUUCAUGGUGCUGCUCUGCUUUUCCUCCAAUGUGCAGCAACAGGAGCAUCUUCAAUAUUUCAGCAAAGUUCGACGAGAGAGGAUGUCUAUGUUUUCAAAUCCAUAACAAGGACAUUUAAGCAGCUGAUAUGGAGAGCAUAGAUUCCAGGAUCCUGAUUAUGAUCAUUUUACCUAACCUAGACUGCAUGUGUCUUUCCUGUAUUCAGUGCACCAGAGAAACCAACCAAAACACGGACAUCUGCUGCAGUGCAGAUACAGGAAAAUGAAAGAGUUUAAGAUGCAAAGAAAUGAUGCAUGGAUGCAGCUUUAGAGAACUACUUCCAUUUUGACUGGGGGUUGUUGGCUGUGAGAAACGUGGUUUUAAGGAGCUGAAAUGCAGAGAGAGAGAAGCAUUUGAAGCAAACUAAAAUCAGGCAAAGCCAGAGUAGCAGAGUGGAGAAGAGGAUGAAGCAUGAGGAAAAACAGAAGAUUGACAUGCAGGCUGGUAAAGGUAACGGGAAAAGUAGAUUGCAUGUUCAGCCGUACAGUGGACCAGUGGAGGUAGAGGCAAACCUUAUGACUGAAUCCACCUCUGAUGGGAGCGAGGACACCCAGCUUGAAGGAGAAGUUUUCUUUAAAAUUCAGGACAUCUGGUCCCCGAAGUGUGGAGCUAUUUUUAACCAUUCAAAGGUGCUUUUUCCUCUGAGCGCCCACCAUCCACUUUAGAUGUCAGCACCAUAAAUCAGACAUCAGAUUAGGAGCUGAGCUGCAGAACGCUGCAAGAUGUUCCCCCUCACUGAUCAUGGCGGAGUGGUCCUGCUGAUCCAGUCAGCCUCUCAUUAAUAAAACCGUCCUCCACCCUGUUGUUUGUAAAUACACCCCAGCAUAUAAAUAUCUCUGAUAAACCACUGACCCUCCACCCAAACUUUAAAUAUGACCCACAUCACCGUCUACACGCCAACAGUCCACAAACAGCCACAUGUGUUUACUCCUCUGGGUGUGUCGCUGCGUGCACGCCAUCUCUGCAGCGUCUGUGAUCACAGCUGAUGUCGAUUUAGAGCUCCAGAUGAAGCAGGGAGUUCACCCAAAAGUCUAAACUCAGAUCAGAGACACACACAUACACUUCCAAUCACACUCAUAUACCUUUCUCUCAUAUCUCCUCUCUUCAAAAGCCUUCAGAUUUCAGGGUCUGAGCUUUGGAGGUUGGUUCCUGUGAUCACUUCCAAACAAAGCUCUGCCAAAACUUCAAGACAGGCAUCAGAAAAACUUUGAAAAAGUCUGCAGAGAAUAUUCUUCUGGUCGGAUUUUUAAACUGUGGAUCUAGUUGACUUUGACAACGAGAGGAAGAGAAGUCUGAAUGAAUCCUUGUCCUGCAAGCACUGUUCCCACAGCCCGCUAAUGCAUAUCUUUGCAUGAGUCCUGCAGGGCCACAGAGCUCACUUUGUCCCAAACAGACACAGACGCUGUAACAAUGAUGAGACUUCUCCCUCAGAUGAAGCCAGUAAAUAUGUUAUUGCUCACAGCAGGUCAGGGACUCAGUGUUUGGGGAUCAAGUGUUUUAGGAAGAGAUAAACAGGACAGUGUCACGCUCACAGAUAAUAACAUUAUUUAACCAUCACGAAACUCUCUGAGACACUUUCUGAGAUACAAACAGCAGCUAGAUGUGAAAAGUUAAUACAGAGUCAAUGCUGCUGGAUUACAGCAAAAAUCAUAAUCACAAUCAUUUCAUUAGUGUAUGCUUUCUUAGUGCAAUAUCUACUUACACAUCUGCAUGUGCAACUGUGUGCUAUGGGCAUGGUGCAAUAUUCAUUCAAUCUAGCACUUUAUAAUCUUGGACAGUAAGGUAAUGUGCAAUGCAACAGGCACUUUUUCUUUUUUCUUUUUCUUAUUUAUUUUUUUUCUGUGCAAUAUUGGGCAAUACACAAUAUAAUGAGGACCUGAGCUCCCAGGCAGCAAGCACUGUGCACUUUAGCAUUUGGCACUGUAGCUAGCAGUCCAGCACUCUGUGAUUGAGUAUGUGGUCCCCCAACCCUUCAGCUAUGUUUGGUUUGUAUGUCAUCUAUAUUGUUGCUGAUAUGCUCUGUGCAUUUUAUUUCUAUUAUUAAUGUUUGUUUUGGUUUUAUGUAAUGACACCAACCUGCUAAUGGGACUGGGAAUCGAAAUUAGCCGCUGGGCUAUAACCCCAUGGAUUUACAUGUAAAUGUCCAUGAAUGCAUAUUGUCCCAUUUAAAAAAAAUAAGAAUAAUAAAUCCUAAAUCCUUAAUUGCUAAUAAAAAAAUUUCUAAUUCUUGUCUUCUCUCCACCUGCCUCCCUCUGCUCCUCCUGCUCCUCUCCCAACCAUCCUCUCUCCUCCUGUGGCUGGUACACUAAUCUUAGUGCGAGCAGCAUCUUCCUGGUGCUUCCAAACUUCCCAAAGAAAUGGUUGUUGCUUAUUAAAAAUCUUUGAGUUUCUGUAUUAGAUGUAAAAUGUUGAUGAAAAAAGGUUUGAGUUUACACAAAUGAAAUGGAUCUGAGCUGUAGCAACAGGUUGUUAUCCUCAAGCUCUUGAUGGUGUCAGAGCGACGGUGUCAAGAAAAAAAGGGGGAAACAAACACUGUUAAUGUUUGAAAAUGUAUCCAAAGAUACUAAAACCCGCAGAGAGUCAGAAAAGGAUAAGAUCAGAGAAGAAGAACAAAAGGAGAGAAGAAAGUUAGGAAAGGCGGACAGGAAACAACAAGGUUUUAGAAGAGCCGGUCCCACAGAUGUUGACAGCUGUGGAGCAGAAGGUAGAGGAGUGCAGCAGCAGAUAAAACACAAAGAGAAGCUGUUUCAGUGUGUCGGUGUAUUCCAGUCUGCAGAGAGAGGAGGGGGUGGAUCAGGGAGAUGAAAAGAAAAAGCACUCCCAGAAUGCAGGACGUGGAAGCACCAACCGAGAGGAGGCUUUUAAUUGGCUGCCUGGAGACAAGCGCUUCAGGCAGUGGAAUUAGUAUGCAUGAGAUCUGCAGACAGAGAGAGAAUAGAGGCAGAGAUCACAGAAACAUCACAAAGAGUUUGGGGAAUUGUCCUCCUCACUUUGACUUUCAGUAUUCCUGUUGCCCCUGAGUGAACCCCAAACUCAACAAACAGGGCUCAGGCAUAAAAAAUGAUGUUGGACAUCAGGGCCUCAGAUACAGAUCACAUGGUCUGUUUCUGUGCAUCCAUCAUCCCUGCAGGUUUGCAUCAGUGUGCAUCAAAAAGCUGAACACCGUCUGCCUCCCCUUUUGUCUUUCAGAGUACCCCUGCUCAGGCAUGCUGGGGAUGGUAUCAGGUUUAAUCACCGACAACCAGAUCACUGCGUCAUCGCAUACAGACCGGAGCUGGGUACCAGAGAACGCCCGUCUGCUAACCAGCAGGACAGGCUGGACCCUGCUGCCCCAACCCCAGCCCUUCACCAGUGAAUGGCUGCAGGUGGACCUUGGGGAGGAGAAGCUGGUGAAGGGGAUGAUCAUCCAGGGAGGGAAGCACCGAGAAAACAAGGUCUUCAUGAAGAAGUUUCGCCUCGGCUACAGCAACAACGGCUCUGAUUGGAGGAUGGUCUAUGACGCUAAUGGGAACAAGCCAAAGGUGAGAACUGCUUCUGUUAAUCCUAACCGGUGAGAAAUUGACUGUAGUGGAGGCAAAACUGGUCACAGCACAACAUUUCUGAUGUCUGAAUGAGUGAUAGCAUCAAAAAUAUUACAACUUUAUUUACAAAAUGAAUUUCAAAGAGCCAAUCAGCUCCCUUGGGCCUUAUUUUGCAGCAGCAUAAGCAUCAUUGUUGUUUUCCACCUGAUGCACUAAAUUAUUUUGUCACUUGGAGUUCAGUGCACAGUUGGUUGAGAUUUUAAUCUGCACACACCAGAUGUCAGACAGUUAGUUAGGUAAGUGCACCAUGACACUGCAGUCUCAAACUGCUGAAAGGGAACUUCAAAAAUGAGCUUCAAAUUCACAAGGACGAGACAUUUGUCAGUGUAAGAAAUAUUCAGCUGUUCAAAGACUGUACAUGAAUUCCCCUCAGACUUUUCUCAGAAAAUGUGGGAGCAAAUUGUUGUAACAGUCAAAGUUACAUCUGCACAACUUGAGAUAUAACUGCUUUAAGCAGUCCAGUCAAAAGUUGAUAGUUCAAACUUUUUUUGCUUCAUUUAAAUGCCCCUUUUCAGUUGAGGUGACUCAAGAACCAAGAUAUUCUGAUGUGCUGAUCAAAGACUCUAAAACCCUUCAUUAACAAACAGAGUCCAUCCAGAAUCUUUGGGAAAGGAUUCACCUUCAGCAGUCCUGAAGAUAAUCUGAACAUGCAUGUCUGAAAACCUCUCUUAGACACAUUUGAACAUUGAUUCUGAUUAUGAUGCAUUUGGUUAAUUUUCACCAGAGCGUUUGAGCGAGCAGUAGUGAGUCAUUAAGCAGUCAAUUUCUGCACUGCUUUAAUUUACAUUAGGAUAAGAAUCUCAAGUCUCUGGAAGUGCUUUUCCCACAUGUCUCUUGCUGCUUUGUAUUCUGCCCGACACUCACCGAUCAACCCUUUCAGUGGACGGUGAAAACUUUGCAGCAAAGGAGGAGAGUAAGGGGUAAACAGGCGAGGAGGGGGGAAAGAACAGAGAGAAGUGACCAGAGAUUUAUCUGUCAGUGUCGUUACACUCAGCUCCAAGCAUGAAAACACUUCCUCACAUGGACUGUGUGAAUGAGCAUAUAUACAACCAUGCACACCUUCAAGAGGAGCAGCCAAAGCCCAGUCCCCAAUUACAAGCAACCCUGACAGGGCAUAAAUCUGAUCCAGAUAGGCCGAUGCUUGAUUUAUGAAAGGAGUGCAGAGGAUCCAUAACCCCCAUCCUAGUUAGCCGCCUCUCUUCCCUCGCCUGAGAGGUUUCCAGCAUCCAAGCUGCACCAGCCUCCUUCACAUGAUAGCAUCCAUUAAUCCACCUCCAUCAAGCUCUUUUGCACCCACAUCUUCCUCUUUUCUCCUUCAUUUAUUCCCUUGCUUGAGGAAGAUCUGAAGCAGAGUGAAGGAGCUGAAAGUUGACUUUGACAGAGGUGUGCCUCACACUGUUUUUGCCACAAGCGCCUUUCCUGACUCGCCUUAGCUGUGCUUUAGAUGUCAAGAUGCAAGAUGAGAGAGCUCUGGUCAUCCUCUGUUCUUUCCAACUUCUUUCCACCAACCAGCACAAGCCAGCCCUCCACCCUGCUUCUGGUCUUCAGAUGGCAGGAUAAGUCUGCCUCAGGCCAUCUCCUUCAGAGAGCUGCAGCAGUCAAACAUCCAGCAGUGACAUUAUCAGUAGAAAUGCAUGUCUUUGACUCACUUUUUCCUCUCUGUCUCUCUCCCACUCUUUUUAUCUCUGCAGAUCUUUGAAGGAAACAGCAACUACGACACUCCUGAGCUGAGGACAGUGGAGCCCCUGCUGACACGCUUCAUCAGAAUAUACCCAGAGAGAGCCACUCCUGCCGGCAUGGGCCUCCGACUCGAGCUGCUUGGCUGUGAAAUUGAAGGUACUUGGAUAAAAUGACUCCUCAUACCUACUGCGUCAGCUCUGUCUGUCUCCAUGAUUGAAUCUUAAUUUCAAAUAUGCAAAAACAAUUUAUGAAAUAUCGGAACUGAAAACUAUCUACUCUUUUUUGUUUCAAAUUUGAUGUUUCUGAAAACUUGUCAGAGAAACUCAAAAAAGUAGAGGAUCCACUUGGCUUGUUCUCAGCUUCAAGUCCAAAUCAAGCAUCCCUGAUGGUAUGGGGUUCAUCAGAGUCCAUGUCAUGGGUAUCUUCCACAUCUGUAGAGGCUCCAUUAAUGCUGAACAAUAUCCACAGGUUUAGGAGCAACAUCUGCUGACAUUCAAACAAAGACUUUGUUGGGGAAGACCUUCAUAUUUCAGCAAAUCAAUGACAAACCACAUUCUGACAAUAGGGAUUACAACAGCAUGGCUCUGUAGGAGAAGAGUCCUGUUGCAGGGAAACUGGUCUGCCUGCAGUCCUGACUUGUCCCCCAUUGAAAACAUUUGGAGCAUCAUGACACUAAAAACAGGACCAAGGAGACCCUGAACUGUUGAGCAGCUGAAAUCCUCGAUCAGGCAAGAAUAGAACAACAUACGAAUGUCAGACUCCAGAACCUGGUCUGCUGGGUCCACUAAGGUCUACAGAGAGCCAUAAAACACAUGUUUCAGUUUAACAUUUAAUUGGCUGUCUUUGCACUAUUUUUUAAUGAAACAAAGAGAUUAAAUGGUCUCAAAACUAUCAAUUUCUGUUUUUAUCACUACUUUACUCAGGGCAGUAACUCUGUGUGUUCUCUUCCAUGUGUUCAUAUAUAACGCUCACAUUCAGGUCAGCCAUCUAUCAUCAGGCUAAUGACAGGUCUGUAUGCAGCUUCCACAGUUGGGUUAUUUAGAGAUGGGUCCACGGCUGUCCAGCUCCUGCUCUUUAUCCCUACAGAGGGACAGUUGUCAUAUCAAAGCUACCCUCAGAGAAAAACACUUGUAGAGGGGAUCAGAUGAAAGCCCACCUGGUGGAGCAGGAUUAUUGCCGCCCAGCCCCCAUGGUUCCCCUCACAGCCUCUGCAUGUCUUUGAAAAGGCAGCACAUACUUUCCUUUCUUUAAGUGACCCUUAGUUUUCUUUCACCAUCUCCCUCAGAGUGGAUACAGAAGCAGCUCAGCAGUGUAAGAGUGUAGCGUUCGCACUAAAUGGAUUUACAUAUUGGAUUUCAGGGAGGCCCGUUCAUUUGUAAGCCUCAUGGUGUCCCAGCAGGGGUUUUAGUCUGAUGAUAAUACUUGUUUUCAGUGUUAAUGCCAAACACACACAUUCCCAUACAGAAGUAAACACUCAGAGUAACCACAGUCACCCUGCCAAACAUGUGGUUACAGGCAUGUAUACAGAGGCACGCACACACACAGGUGCUCCUACUGCGUGCGUGCGUGCGUGCGUGCGUGCGUGCGUGCGUGCGUGCGUGCGUGCGUGCGUGCGUGCGUGCGUGCGUGCGUGCGUGCGUGCGUGUGUGUAUGGAGCAGGCUGUGGUGGGAGGGCUAAAUCCUCAUUUCUGUGAGAGGCUCCCCUGACGCAGUACUGACCCCAUCCCUGACCUUCCCCACCCUGAAUCUGACAGAGGCUGAUCUGUCUCAUAUUUCAUCCAGCAGAGGGGCGACCAGCUCACUCACUUGCGCACGCAUACACACACACACACACGCACAUAAACACAGAGAGAUUCGGUGCACCUACUUUUUCAGGCUGUUUGCCUCUGUCUGUCUAUCUCUCUCUCUCUCUCUCUCUCUCUCUCUCUCUUUCCUUGUUUCCUUUUUCCUCUCUGUGUGCUGGAGAAGCCCGUUUGUUACUCAGUCAUGGUAAACACAACACACACGCACACACACACACACCACAGUGUGGCUGUGCAGCAGCGGAGCGUGGAGUGGAUCUGAGACAGUGCUCACAUCCAAGUACAGUGGGUCCAUAAUGACAGGACAGUACGGCAGCCAGAGGCCCUGCCUUUUGUCAGUCUCUAUCUCUGCACUAAGAACCAGGCCAUAGAUCCAGCUCUAUUUUUACACCUACACCUCCACAGCAUGAUCAAGAAAAAGACAACUUUACUGAAAACUUUUACAGGCUAAAGACAGAAAAUUGUCUUUGGCUUGUGUGUAAACAGAGGCCAUAAAAACACAAGCUAGCACGUUGGAUGAAGAGACCAAUUUUAAAGCGUCUGUAAGGAGUUGUUUGAUGUUCAUGAAAAAGACUUUCAUAGAUUCUCAUGAUAUCUAAAAGCAAACAAGACCAUCAGUGAUAAGAUUAGUGAAUUUUAAAUACCCAAAACCAUUGCAGGGGGUAGGUGUCAGUAAAGCAGCCAAUGAAACAGUAUUUUUAUAGUGAACAAUAUAUUUGACCAUCAAUAGUCUGCAGGUAAGAGUCAUUACUCGAGCAUGUAUAGGACAUGAAAUGCAAAGAUCGCUCCAUCCAUAGAGGGCACCAGAGUUGACACGACCCCAAAGUUCCUCACUGAAGCUUUAAAAUAAUCAACACACUUUAAAAAACACAACUUAUUUAUAAAAACAGGGGAAACAAUAAAGCAACAAAAACAGAGUGUACCAGGCGUCUUAAAUUCGGUGCAUGGAUCAGGGUUUUUGGUUGAUUUUUAUUAAUUGUCUGAGGAACUUUGUGCUACAUUUGGUAAUCUGAAAAGCUCAGUACAAAUAAAGUUUGGUUGAUAGACGGAUUGGUAUAUUGAACACAUAUUUAGCUGAGUGCCCCAUCAGUGCUGAACUACUUAUUCUAAAUCUGAUGUUUAAUGUGUUUGCACCGUUUCUCUCUCCUUCUCUGUAUCUACAGCUCCCACUUUACCGCCGACCACCAUGGCACCAAGCACCACUCCCUCAGACGAGUGUGACGACGACCAGGCGAGCUGCCACAGCGGCACAGGUGAUGACUACGACGUGACAGGUGCUAACAUCGCCCUCAUGAGACUGCAAACAAACCCCCCACUCCCUCCUUCUGCUAUGGCUCAUGCUCAGUCUGCUCCGCUCUCUCAGCUCUGUCUCUCUGCAGCCGUUUGAUUUGACGGCUGCAGCGAAUCUGACAUCCAUUGUGCACACUUGCAGGCACAUGUGCAUGCACCCACGUGCCUGCUGGCAUGUUCAAAGCUCUAAUUAGCUGCACCUGCAGCACCUCCUCCCUCAGUUUAACCUCUCUUACCUCCACCUCUGCACACUCAGAAGAGGGCUCGCUAAAUGUGCACGUCCACACUGAACUCAUGCUUCUGCACCUACCUACAAUCAGCUCCACAUCUCUCUCUCUCACUCUCGCUUUCUCUCUGUACUUUUAUCUCACACCUGCACCUUUUCCCUCACUCCUCCUGGCCUCUUUUCCCACUAACCCAGUAACUCUCUGAAGCUGCACUGCUGCCUGCACUCCCCAUUAACCUGCAGUCUCCAAUGAAGCGCAUGGCACCGUCUCAGUCAAGUGCAACAUGGAGACAAUUUGAAAAAAGGAAAGAAGGACAGCAGUUCUGAUCCGCUCAGAUAGCAUGAGAUAUUAGUUAUCUAGAGAAGUAAUGAACCAUUUUUAACUCUUGCAAUGCUGAAAUAAUCAUGUUAAUAUAUCAUGUUGUGAUAGGUGGUGCCAUCAUGCCGGAGACCACUACUGCUGAAGUGGAUACCAUCCCAGGUGAGCAAAUUAUAGUUUUCUAUCCACUGUAGGUUUUGGAGUAGCAUUUAACAAGCUUUUCUUGCACUUUUUAAAUGUACAUGCUAAGCCCAACAUUGUUGUGAAAGUUGUUUUCUUAUUUUUUUAUUUUUUGUGAAGGAAUCUGAAAUCUUACUCAACCUCACCAAAAAUGGUCACUGUGGAAUUAAUCAAGCAAAUACUGCAGUGUUAAACAUUUUUCAAUCAAUUUCAAUUAGUUUCACUCACUUUCAUCAAAGAGGGGUUAUUAUUUUUUUGUAACAAGUCAGAUUUGGUGGUAUGGGUCUGCCAUGAAGGAUGCACAGCCUUCCAGGUGUGUUUGAUGAAUGAACGCCUCCCCCCUUUGUUCGACGUACAUACGUGAAAAACUAAGGCAGGAGAGCAUGAGCAAAGACCUCUGAGUACAGAAUAAAGAAGGCAUUGGUGGCAAAACAAAUGACAUAUAUAUCAGAGUGCACCUUCUCUCUGUUUUAUAGUGGAGCAUGAAAAGCCUUAGCAGGGAGAGCAGCAGCAGCAGAGAUACCUGGGAUACAGAGUAAAGAGGACAUCAGUUACAAAACAUAUGACAUAUACUGUACAUAUUUAGAAGAGCCCACGUCUUCUUUGUGUAAAGUGUAAAAAUGAAAAACCAGGGCAGGCAGAGUGUUAGCAAAGACUGAACAGCUGUGCAGGCUUAGGAAAGCUCAUGGCAGUCAAGCUUAUUAGAAAUAAAAGGCUUAGCGUGCUUGGGAGUGUAAAGAUUGGACUCUGUAGUGAAGGAAAAGAUGAUGUGGUGUGAUGAGUCCAGAUUCUCUCUGUUUAUCAGGAGGCAUCAGGGUUAGAAGUGAGGCAGACAAGUGAUGCCCCCGUUAUGCCUAGAGUCUACUGUACAAGUCUGUGGAGGCGAUGUUAUGACCCUGUGUUGCUCCAAUUGGUUGGUUUUUAGUUUUGCAACACCAAGCACUCCAAAAGAGGUCAGCUGACGAUCAGUACACUCACUGAAUGACUGGGUUUUUCCAUCAGUGGAUUUCUCCUUCUUCUCUGAUGAAACGGGUAUUUCCCGAGAUGACAAUGCUGAAAUUCUUCAGGGUUAGAUUGUGAAAGAGUGGUCCAGGGAGCAUGAGAAAACCUUUUCUAUUCAGAGUCCAGACCUUAAUCUGACCAAGAACCUUUGGGAUGGACUGGAGAAGUCUGACUCUCCCUUCAUCAGUCCAAGACUGUGGUGAUGAAUUGAUGCUGGACAGAAAUAAAUAUAGAGACAUUGCGUAUGCUUAUCCACAUGCUGCCACAACAAAUGUGUGCUGUAAUCUAAGUCAAAGGCGCUCCAAUGAAACAUUAGUGUGUAACUUUUUGAGGCUGCAGAGUAGAUAAAUGACUCAUCCUGGAGGGUCUGUAAUAGUUUAACAUCCAAUGAAAAGCUUUCUCAUGUUCCUUCAGAGCAGGACCUUAGAGCUACUUUGUGGUUUAUGAUUCAUCCUUGUGUUUGUGUUUGCGCAUCUUCUCACAAACACUUUUGCAGCUUCUUGCAUUUAAAGGAAUCACAAUUCUGCAGAAUCAGACAGAACUGAGCUUGGGGUUUGAGAUUAUACAGAAGCUGAGUAAAAAUUCAACUUCUCUGUGUUUCUGGGAAUUAAUUUCUGUACAAAAAGUGCUCCUCUGCUAAUGAUUGCCAGCUUGUGGCGGCCUCUCCUCUGAUGUGUGUCUGUUAUUAAGGCUGAUGAUAUGGCCCUGGGAGGCUCCCACUGACAGGGUGAGGGAGGUUGUGUGAUGCAGGGCUGGCUGAUGAUUAGCACUGCUGCUCUGCUGCUGCCUCCUCAGCAUAAUCACUAAUCACCGGGCCGACACAGACACGCACUAAACACACACUGAACACACAACACAAAACAAAGAAGCUAAAUGCAAAUGACCACAGGAAAUGAGCUGUGCUUUAGGGUCACAUGGACACACAUGCACAUAUAUACUCAGACUCGCACGCACACACACACACACACAUCGAGCUGCCUCCUAUAGCGGACUGAUGAGGCAGCAGCCAGCUGAGAGGCUCUGCCCCAGACUGACCUUGGCUAAUGGGCCAUAGGCUCCGCCCACCCCCUUCACUCCAUCAGCUGGCUCUGUGGUCUGUCUGCAGUCUGCAGGGGCACCAGAUAUUAGAAUAAAUGAGAGCUGAGGUGCAGGUGUGUGUUUGCAUACUUGUAUGUAUGGACAUAACUAAUCAUUUGCGGUACACACUUAUCAGUCUGACUUUUCAUUUCAAGAGCCUGGAGCGUUUUGUGCUUAUCAGUUCUGUGUGUUUGCGGGAGUUAAUGUCUGUUUGAGUGUUUUUGCCCUUUGCACUCUUAUCUCCCAGGACGUGGUUUCCGUUGGCAUUCGUUAAAAAGGAAAAAAAAAAAUCUCUGUCUUUUCAUCAAACGGCCAAGUGAGUCAUGUGCUGCUCAUCUCCUCCUGAGCUGGUUGGUAGCCUUGGUCAGAGCCUCACAAGACUGGAAAAUAAAAACUCAAAGCCUGUUAAUUGGAAUUGGGAUGUCUGGAUGAAAAAAGCGGCUUGGCGUCUGAAAUGUGGUUCCACAUGGGAAUUCAAUCCUUUGGGUUGAAUAUCUACACAGAGUCAUUGCUGGUUAAAAUCCUCCCAUUAUUAAAGGGAAUACUGGCCCUGUAUUCAGACUUUUGGAGAGCUGCCUCCUUGUAUCUCGAAAGGCAUCUCAUACUGGAGUUUAAGGCCAUGGCUAACGUCCCAAACAUCGCGCUCCCUUGUUUGCUUUGGAAGUCUUCCUUUAUCCAAUUUGAAAAACACUAAAGCCUGAGCUCCCACACGUUUUCUUGCCUCUGUUGAGACGCGGCGUGUGUUUGUGUGGGACUGCAUUGUUGGAAAGAGGCCCAGCACUGUUACCAUAGCUGUCUCUAAAACCUCAAGUCCCCACUCUCAUUAAAAUCCUGAUCUCUCUGCAGGUUGCUAUGAACAUUUUUUACCAAGCAGGCGCCAUGUCCAGAUUCCACCUCAUUCUUCUCCUGUCUCUGUCUUUGUGUUGUGCAGUCUUUACCCUCAUUUAUACUCUACAAUGUGCAUUCAAAGAAGUCCUUAAUAGUGACUAAGAAUAAGGUCAGCAUGAGGUGUUUCCUGACAUGUUGGAGCCUUAACUUCCCCUCUGUCCCAAUCUGUUGCUUCCUGCUGAGAUUCCUGCUCUCUCAUAGAUGUGAUUCUGUAAGACUAUGUCCCAUGGUCCUUUGCUGCCCUCUAGUGCUUGUAUCUGAUCAGAAGCGUGAAUUCUGUGCCUAAGUGUAGCCUGCAGUCCUGUGAUGACCAGCCUCUGGGCCAUCGUUUGGUUCAAGCAGUUUUUCCUUCUUUGUAAUUAUGAGGCUGAUAAAAUAGAAUCUACUUUGACACCCUCUUGACUUUUCUUUUCAGCUUUUCUGUGGUUUGCCUGUGACUUUGGCUGGGCCAAUGACCCAUCUUUCUGCAGCUGGACAUCAGAGGACACCGGCACCAGGUGGCAGAUUCAGUCCAGCGGCACCCCGACCCUCAACACUGGACCAAACAUGGACCACACAGGUGAGACAGAGCGCCGUGUGGCCAAACAAAAAAGUGUGAAAGCCCCCACCCACAGUUGAAAGAUUUCACCUUUAUGCUUUAUUCUAACAGGUGGACCAGGGAACUUCAUCUACACCCUGGCAACAGGUCCUCAAGAGACAGAGGUGGCACGGCUUGUCAGCCCGGUGGUCAGCUCUCCUGACUCAGACCUGUGUGUGUCCUUUUGGUACCACAUGUUUGGCUCACACAUCGGCACUCUGCAUAUCAAACAGCGUAAACAGACAGUCGACGGUCCAGCUGACAUCCUGCUGUGGACUGUAAGUGGUCACCAAGGCAACCGCUGGAGGGAGGGCCGCGUCCUUGUGCCGCGCACCAACAAACCCUAUCAGGUAACUCGGUCUGCCUUUUCAGACUAUUAUGUGUCUGAGUGUUUGGUUCGAUAUUGGAGCUUCUUGAGUCAAAAGGAAGGUCCUCUAACAGUCACUCUGGGCCUCCUCUCAGGUGGUGAUUGAAGGUCUGGUUGAUGGAAAGAGCUGGGGAGACAUUGCUGUGGAUGACAUUAAGGUUCUCAAUGGGCUCAGCAUGAUGGAGUGUAAAGGUGAGAACCAUCCUCUUCCCACAGCUUGUAUGUCUUUGACAGUUUUUCUCUUUUCUUGGAUAUAAUCAAAUUUCUCUUUGAACAGACCCUGAUGUGCCCACGGAGCCGAUGCUGCCCGAGGACCGCCUCAAUGAAAUCCGUGAGUCCUUUCUCAUAGACUCUUUAUUUUGCAUUACACCUUUAGGUCCUUCAGGCUUUGUCUUUAACCAUGACAUGUUGGCCUGUUGCCUCUAAAUGAAGCAUAUAACUGGUUCUCUAUGACCGUCAAGGCUCCACCAAUCACAGUUCAGCAAACUACAGCGAACACUGGAGACUGCUGCUUUGUCUAAUGAAGUACUUAAGCGUUUAAAAUUUUGACAUACACUUUGAAGUGCUAUAAAGUGAGGUGAUGUAUUGUGUUUAAGUUUAUCCAGGACAGACUUUAAAGAGGACAGGCUGCAGAAAGAAUAAAACCGGCCAUGAAUGACGCCAUGUUUUUCCCAGUUACUAUAAACCUCUAACUGUCCUCUUUUUCUUCUGUCUCACCUAGUUGAGGACAUCACAGAGUAUCCAGACUUUGUGGAGACCAACCAGAUCAGCGGGGCGGGCAACAUGCUGAAGACGCUUGACCCUAUCCUCAUCACCAUCAUUGCCAUGUCGGCCCUCGGGGUCUUUCUGGGUGCCAUCUGCGGCGUGGUCUUGUACUGCGCCUGCUCACAUGGAGGCAUGUCAGACAGGAACUUAUCAGCCCUGGAGAACUAUAACUUUGAGCUUGUGGACGGCGUGAAGCUAAAGAAGGACAAACUCAAUGUACAGAGCUCGUACUCAGAGGCGUGAGCUGGGACUGAGUACCUCAUGUGACUGUACUGCGUGCAGAGCUCGCAGACUGGCUGUAGGCAUAUCCUCUGGUGUGUGAGCGAGCAGGCAGGCUCAUGGACUGCCAAGACCCUCAACUCACUGGACGAGGGGCAGGUUCAGGAACCAAUGGGAGGUUUGGACUGACCCACGCUUUUACUCAGGAGCUGCAGUAACAAGAACCUACCAGUAGGGGACACUGUGUACAAAUAACUACAGAAAAAAAUAUGUACAGACGAUUCAGAUGAUAUUUUAAUUUUCUAUUAUGAUUUUCAUUCAUUUUUACAAUCGGAUGCUGGUGUUGAGACCAAUUUAUUAAUAAUGUUUAAAGUAUUUAUCGUUUUCUGGGAAAGAAAUCUUUUUUUUUUUUAAUCUCUCCAUGAAGGUCGUUUAUUUUGGACUUUUAAAGAGACGUAUCAAAAAUCUAAAAUGAACCAUGUCCGGCAAAACUGUAGAUUUGCCCCUUGUCGUGGCAUACAGGGUGUGCCCAUUACCCAUAAACCCUUUCCCCUUUGACCUCCAUCGAUUAAAGUGAGGGUCCCAUCAUGGCAAUGUAUGGUUCUGACAGUGCCUUUAGUCUAUUUCAGUUUGCCUCUUCUGUUACUGGGUGAUUUUUACUGUACAUGGCUUCAGUCAGGACAGGAAACAGGGGCACAUUAUCGUAUGAAUAUCUGCAAAUCAGGACUUCAAUCUGUCAUGGCGCUCUGUUAGGUUGGCUGUUGUUGUUUUCUGUCCAAAAACCACACACUGUAAAUAAGUUUUAAUAUAUUUUAUUGCCCUUUUUAAAGAAAGUAAAAAGGAAAAAAGCUGCAGUAUCCCUUUUUUGUGGGUUUGUGUGUGUAAAUACAAUCUUCUGACUGUUUCGUGGAAGGUGCAGUGUUAUGGUUUUUCAGUUUCUCUGCUCAGAUGAGUCAGCUUUUUGUGAUAUUUCAAUGUGCAUUCAAGCCACCUGUGAUCCAAACACCCACUCUCAGACAAAUGGAUCAAAAAGAGGACAUAAAGAACUCUUUCCAUGAAAUCUCUGCUCUGCAUUCAGCAGGUCACUUUAGUAUGAUCAGACUCACUCAUGUCAGAGGCAGAGGAGGUCUGCCAGCAUACCAAAAACCCAACAGUCAUCAUCAUCAUCAUUAUCAUCAUCGUGGCUUUGCUUUAGCUUAUCACCUCCCAACGUCACUGUGGAUUGUUCACUGCAGACUGCAGCUUGAAUGCACUUUGUUACUGCUGCCCUCAUUAGAAGAGGGUGAAAUACACUAACUGAAGAAUGGUGCUAUCAUCACUUUACCCUGACACCUCCUCUCUUUAAGAAAAGCCCAGUUUGUAUUGUUCACAUGCUGUAUUGUAGCUUCAGGCCUCUCAGAGCGCCGCAAAGAGUUUUACGUGUUUCACGUGUAGCAGCCAUAACGUUGUGAUGUCAGAGCUGAUGUCAUUCAGAUGGGACUGUGGUACAGCGAGGGAUCGAGGGGCGUCACCUGAAUCAGGUCAUCUGGCCUCCCCUCUGUGGCUUUACCAAAGGAAGGUCGCCCCCUUCUGGUUCACGGGGGUUCUCAUAUACACUUCAAAACAAGAACAGCAGAUUUCCCAUGAUCCUUCACUCAGAAAGAACUGACUACCUGCUUCACCCUGAAAAAGACGGGUGGUCAAGAUACAGUCUUUUUUAAAAUCUCUUUAUAAGCUCAAAGAAGUGCAGACGUCACUUCAUCGUGGACUCUUGAAGCCUCUGCGGAGACUCGUGUUUGCAGACGGAUGUUUGGGACAGUCUCACAAAUCCAGAAACGCUGAGUGACUCAGAGUGAGAUUGACAGUAUCAGGACAGGAGAACCCAGAGGACCCACAAUCAAACUUAGACCUGGGUCCUGAGCAGGGUGACGUCUUUUUUUACAUCUGUGUGCUUUGUAUGUCGUGCCGUGGUGAACACAUCUCAGCUUUGUUCAUUUCAGAAACCGACCUCCCGCUCCUCUCAACCUCUACGCCGGACCGUCUGCCGUGCUCUCAGCUGUAGAGGACUGUAGCUCCAGAGCCGUCUGCUGAAACUAGAGAAAAAGGAAACUGUAGCUUGGACUCAAGAGAAACAAUGUUGCACUGAUAAAUAUAUUUAAGAGGUUUAUGUGUUUAUAGCGUUCAUUUGCAAAAAAAACAGAAGAAAGUCAAAAACACAAAAAACACACCUUCAUUUCUGUCAUCUUUUUAUAUAUAUAUAGUUUCAGAUUAUGUGAUAUAAUUCUGAAAUGUAAAAAUAUUGAGAUGUUUUCAUUAUUGAAAAGGCAAAUAGAUUUUCCAACAGUAAUGUCCCUUUCCCACACAUUUACAUUGCAUAUUAAUGCUUCGUUUUGUACUGUCAUUCAAAUUUUGUGCAGAUUUUGUUCUGUUUUUUACAAAGAACAAGAAAACAAGACUUUUAUUUUCAAUACUGCUUCUGUAAUUUGCUGUUGUAGGAAAAAAUGAAUAAACAGCAAGGCCUUAAAAAAGAAAAAGGAAUACUGUUGUGGUCUAGAUUUACUCCUUAUUUCUCUUUUUAUUGUGCCCCAG